AUGGUGGUUAAAGUGAACCAUUCCCAAAGCUCUAUUGUUAGAAACGUGGAGAGAUUGGAGAAGAAAGGGAGGCCUUUCAUUCGACGGCUGGCUUCAACAGGUGAGAGGAGGGGGGAGUGGGGGUAAGGAAAAGGGAAGUCGGAUCCUAAAGGGGCUGGAGUGACAGUUUGAACAGAGGGCGACAGUUGUAGGGAGCCUCUCAAAUGCCAUAGCAGAAGCUGUAGUCCUCAACACUGUCAGAUGUGUGUGUGUGCAUGUGUGUGUACAGAUGAAUAGCAGGGGAUUUCUAAGAGGGGAGAGAGAGAGAAACCUGACACCCAAAAAAGGUCUGCACACUACCCUCUCCCUCCUUCCCUCCUCCAUCAGGAAAAUGAGGCACAAGUGCGCCGCUACAGCUGAGAGGGUCUCUAGGGACUCCUGAGGGGUCACACACAUACACCCGACAAUUCCAACUCCCCUCCUCUCUGCCUCACCCUAUCUUGCCCCACAUUCCCCUGACAACACUGAGCUUAUCACGCCUCACACACACACACAUACAUACACACAGAUCCAGUUGUGCGAACACAAGGAUGAAACAAGCAGGACUGGAUUUGUUUUUUGUUCCUUUUUUGUCCAUGCAUAGUGUCAAAAAUCCUUUGUUCAGUGUAAAAGUACUUUGCUCUCUGUAUUUAAAGAUGUUAGAAGUGAAAAAAUGCCUUGAAAAUAAUUGAAUUUUCUCUUACAAACACUCUAACAACUCAAAUGCAAACAUUAGACAGUACCUUUAUCGCAAUGAGUCUCCUUUGCUAAGUCUUCAAACUUCUGAAGUACCCCUUCACAAACACCUUCAUCUGCUCGCUGAGAAAUACUGUUAAAGUGCACUGCUUAUGUCUAGACUGAAACAUUGCAACAACUGUUAAUUAGACAGACAAAAACAGUGCACAGACAUACAAUAUUUGCCAGAUGAUGUCUCCCUACAAGUUUGUAGACACUCUGAACAUUCUCCAAGUGCAAACAACCAACACCAUCAAAUCCCUCUCCAAAAGGAUAUAACAUACAUACAUAUUCAUCUCCUCCUACCCCUGAUGAACAUCUUUUACUCCAGCAGUAACUAUCAUUUUUUGGUCUCACUCAUGAGUUAGGAGUGCCUUCUUUUAAGCUAAAAGUUAGAAAGAUCACAUUGAGGGUGUGUAAAGACAUUUUUCAUCUUUACAAUGCCUCAUAUUAACUUGGUUAUCGCCUCAUUCUUUUCCCUCUGCCCCAUCAUACUGUCAGUUUUUUUAUCUCCAUUUUUCUUUCUAAGACUAAAUGUCAGCAAAACUGAUUUGACAUUUCUGUCAGCUCCAAGCUGGAGGUGUACAGAGGCAUCUUCUGCAAGCUUUUGGCCAAGCUUAAAUCAGAAUGUCUAAAUCUAAUAUGUGAUUACUGUCCUUAGCCUGAAGCACUGCGCCUAUAGGUAGCUGUCUAUCUAACUCUCAUAAUCUAUUAUUUUUAAGACAGAUUUAAGAUUUGAAUCUGUUUUCCAACAGUGCAUGGCUGUUAAGUUGAAACUUCAUACUUACACUUCACAGCGUAGUCCUCGGUUGGUGAGAGUCCGCCAUCUCUUUCAAAUUGGCGUUCGAGAAUGUCAGAAUAGGUUGGGCAAUGAGUGAUGCCUGAUGAAAGCUUUCUGGUCUGAGAUAAAAAGAUGCAUUUGUUGGCCUUAUUUAAAGGACGCUUUGAAACGGAGGAGAUUUGUUGGGCCACUUUGAUGCAAUUAUUCUCAAAAUUAGUUCUUCAAAGGAUGUAGGCCCAGAAUAAAGACACAGAUGAUUUUUUAAUGUUUUUUUUCUUUGAAGUAUGGCUGAAACCUCCCAGAUUUUUACUGUCUAAUAUCCUUUUAGUUGCCCAACAAUUAAGCUUUUCAUGGAAUAUAAUUAUUAUUCAUCAGACUCCUCUAUAAUCUUUGUGAUACAGCUUGAUAAAAACCAUUAACUCUAACAAACAGCAUUUGAGAGUCAGAACGAAACAGCCAACUUGUAAAUAUGGAAUAUCCCACAGAGCUUCUACUGCUUUUGUGGACUCAAACCUUGUCGAGGGAGACUACAUCAAAAAUCCUGCGUCCUAAAAUAGGACAACAACAGGGACAGACAGAGACGACAGAAAAGCCUGUGGAAAAGCGAGAGGAGCUGACUCGAAUGUUUCCUUCACUGAAUGACUAAAAAGAGAGCAGCUCCAGGGCGAUGGGGCUCAUCUUGAGGUUCCACCCAGGAACCUCCCCCUCGGGACAGACGCUGACCCUGUGACCUCUGACACCUCUGACACCUCGACCAACUCCCAGAUCCUCUCCUGGGGCCAGUCAAACACAACCUGCCCUGAGAUAGUGACACUGAUACUGACAGAGCAGAGACAGUAAACAGACAUGGUGGUGGGGGAAUUUGGGGGGCAUAUCGACACAUAUUUAUACACUUUCACACAAACAUACAUGUUUGUUUGUACUAAUCCUGGACUGAAAUGGCAUAAACAUGUGGAGAAAGGAGAUACUUUGGAGCAAGAGAGUCUUUGGGGUAGGAGUUUUGUUGACAAUCAUAAUAAACUGUAGAUGUUUGUUGGUUUUGGAGAUUCCCAGUGAAAAAGACAGUGGUGGGGAUGUUUCUUAGGCUGGUAUCUUUGGUAUGUGGUUUUACGCCAGUUCCCAACAUACUGCAAGCUUCACAUUCUGCAACUGAUCUGUGUUGUCUGAAUCCUGCAGGCUUGCACAGCUGUCAGACCAUGACAGGAGGUGGACAGGCUGCCCAAGAGUGUGUGUGUGUGAGUGUAUGUGUGAUGUCCCAUGCCUUUGAAUUGAACACUUCCAUUUUUAAUUCGAAAUGUUUGUGUGUAAUAUCUUUUUUAUUCUAACCAAAAGGAUGUCACUGUGGUGAUGAAUUUAAGCUGCAUCUCCAAAGUGACACAACAAUAGAUCAUCUGUCAUCCCCCGUGAAUAGGAGCUUUGGAUUAAAAUGUUAAUUUUCUGCUGAAUGCAAUAACCUUUUCAAAAAAAUAAGGAUUUUUUUUUUUAACUCUGAAGCACACUUCCCUCUGCUGAACCCUAUCCUCUUCUUGACGGGGUGUUUAUGUUCCUGGACAACUUUCUUCACUGCUCUUUGACUAUCACACCGAGUGCUUUCUUGUCCUUGCUGACUCAUACAGUAAAUUCGACACAACUUGAACUUCUCUUUUUCUGUGUAAGUCUCUGUCUCUGAGUGAAUUCCUCACAGGAUCAGACCUGCUUUUUAUGCCUCGCUGGUUUUCACUCAGAGUGAGAAUAAGUAGUGAGGGAGGAGGGAGAAGAGAGGGGGCAGAUUUAGUAACAAAAACCCAAAACUCUACAGAGGCACUGAGCAUAUUUGAGAUGAAAAAAAUAUAUGAAAAAAGAUCAGGGUAAAGCGAAAGUGAGCCACAAAGGGAACGGGAGAGAGGAGGCGUGGGGUAGAAAGGAAAUAAUACAGAAAAAGGUCAUUAUUUCUGCCAGGGGAUUUGCAGUUGCCCCGACAACGAACAAAGCAGAGCCGGUUGGACGAUGUGCACAACAGAAGCGGCUGAGAAGAGAAGAAAAAGCCUCUAGAGAGUGAGAGAAUAAGAGCUGAGAAUUACUGUGCUCAUCAGCAGGAUAAUUUCUGGGAAUCAGUUAACAUUUUGUCAGUAAAUGCUGGAGAAAUAAAUCUCAAAUAACCAUGGUGAGCUCGACGUAAUCCCUUUAACAUCAGUUUAAAAUGAUCUCUAUUUCCUCAAUUUUCCCAGGCAAAAUUGAAAAACAAUCGUCAAUGAAGAAAACCAAUGUCUGCAUGAAACAGACUCCACACAGAGAAAACAUGAAUAAACCAUGAUCAUAUUGCAGCAAAGCAGGAGAAAAAUUCUGCACACUGGAUUUUUUUUUAAACCCAGGCCACAGGUCUGACUGCAAGAGGGGAGCUCAGCCAUUAAACACAAAAGAGAGCGAGAGAGAGUGAGCGAGAGGGGGGGAGUGUUUGGGUUUGGUUAGGCUCUGAAUUGAAAAGUGGUGAGAGAAUGUUAAUGAUAUGCAGAAAGAAAUGAGGCCAAUCCAGAAGAAAGUCCAGCUUGAGUCUUUCUAAACACAAAGAAACAUUAAGAGAGAAUGAAGGGAAAGGGGAAAUAAAGGAGAGAGGGUGAGGCGGUGAGGAUGAGGUGAGGUAGUGAGGGUCACCUGAAUAGAGCAUAAACAGAGGUUAACUCCACUUCUAAUCGUUCCUCUUGUGUCAGCAAACUUUCUGUCUUUUUAUUUUUUACUACAGCAUGGCCUGGACAAAUUUGCUGGCUGUGAUUCAGUCCAAAUAUGUGAUAAAUCUGCCUCUUUAUAUGACGUUCUGGGUCCAAGUGAGAGCAUACACACUCACACACACACAAAAGUGAACAUUAGGCUCUAAAAAGUAUAUCAGCAUUCCUCUUCCCUGUUUAUUUAAGGUGGAGCUCACAGUGUUAAAUGACCUUAUUGUCCCUGGCUGCUGAUCGAGCGCCUGCUAAGGUUUCCCUCCUCUCCCUCUAACAGGCAAGUACCAACACAUACUGUAACUGCUGCCCAGUCUUUUAAUGUUUCAGCUGACUGGAUGAAGUUUUAUGAAAUCCAGCAUAAACACACACACGUUGCUCUUUUAAAAACAUGAAUUCCCAUCUCAUUCUUGCCUCGCCUGAGGGCCUCAUAUCAACUACUUUGCUGGUUCCAGCUCCUUCACUGUUUUUUACUGCGCACCCUUCAAUCUGAGUCAUUACAGCCCAGGGGCAGUAAUGGUAUACAGUUACACCACCAAUACUCUGUAAUAAAGUUUCCUUUAGAGGUAAAUAGCAAGGACGUGUGUUGAGGGUCUACAUUAAAAGUUCCAGGCCAGAUGCUGAGAGGACAAGCAGAUUUAUACAAAGGUUUCACAAGUUUAUGUCAUUAAAAAGUCACAGAGAAACAUUUUCCAACACACACAAGGUGAAGAGGGUGAAACUGCUCUGAGUUGGUGUAUCAAAUUUCUUAUUCUUCAUAUCUUGGCCUUGCUGGAACAAAGAAACUUCACAUUUUCCCCAAAGGCUCUACAUUUGAUUUCUCUGUACAGGGGAGUAAGGUCAGGGGUCCCGCCCACAGAGGGCUCUGAUUGGAUAACACGCCUGCUGGAAUAUUCAAUCAGACACCUUGCUCUGCGCUGUGAUUGGACACAGCCGGUGCAGUUAUGUAAAUGAGCACCUGGUGGCGCCUGCUGGCCUGACUGUGGAGCCUGGACUGGGGUUUGUUGGUACUGCAUAGAUUCAGACAGAGAGAGAGAGAGAGAAGUGCCGAAGCGAGGAGACCGUGUACGCUCUGUGUUUUUAUACAUUUCAUUUGACGACGAGAAGUCCUUAACUGUUUGACCGAAGAGGGUCGAGGGUCUCACAUCAGCCGGUGCGUUCAGCCGUGUCGGAUAAUUAGUUAUUUUCUGAGUCUUGACAGGGGUCGUCUGCUGAGCGAAACAACCGCUCCACAGCACCGUUUGGAUUAUUAUUCAGUGGACGUGUGGUGUUAAAGGCUGAACGCUGCUUCACUUCUCUUCAUAAGGACUUUUUCUAAAAGUUUGGACCGCUGUCAAAGCUCACUUCUUCGUGUCUUUUAGGUAAGUACGAACAAACUCCUUUAAAUGUCUCGCGCGUUUCCCCCCCCUAGUCCUCGCGCGCACUUCACUCCUGAAGAAGCGACUAUAAUAAUAUUGCAGCGGAUAUUUCCAGCUGUCUGACUGUCUGUCUGUCUGUCUGGGUGUAUGUCUGUGUGUUUGCCUCUGUGGCUUGGCGUCCGAAAGUCUCGGCGUGUUAGUGAAGCGGGCACGGCUGUUCUGGACGCUGGCCACAGGCUGUUUGGGAGGCUCACUGGAGGUGUAUCAUCGCUCUCCGGGUCCCUGCACGCUUACAUUGUGGCUCCCCCCCUCCACUGCGUAUCUAAAAUACUCUGACAGGGUGCAUCAUGGUCUAUUGACUCAAUACAAACUGUGAGGUAACGUUUUUUAAAGUACUGUGAGUCUUUGGUCACACAGCAGACAUCUAUAAGUGUCCUGCUUUGUGCCAAAACUAUUUCUUAUUGUUUAUCUACGGUGGCCGAGAACAGCCAAUGCUGCAAAUAAAAAUAAAAAAAGAGUGCAAAAAAAAAAAAGUCACAAUGGAAGUUACCAAUACAAAUGCAAAUAAAAAAAGAAAUGGUGAGGAUAGAAAAAAGCCACAACGAAAGUUAGCGACGCAAAAAAAUGGCGAUGGGAAAAAAAAAAGGUUACUGAGGCUAACGCUACACCGGCAUCCUCCAGUUCAACUUCAUAUAGACGUCUUUACUCGUCUUCUCGCCGUCGUCUUCUGUGCGUAGAUCGUAAAACACCGGUGCAUCAUCAUUAUUGGUCCCCAGCAGCUCACUUCCGUUGUGGCUUUAUUUACUUAUUUUUUGCAUCCUUUUAUUUUCGCAGUAAGUGACUUUUUUUCCCCAUUGGCACUUUUUUGCGUCGUGAACUUCCGUUGUGGCUUUUUUUUUUAUCUGCACCAUUUCUCUUUUUAUUUGCAGCAGGCUUUGGUUUCUUUCUUUUUUUUUGCAUCCUUUUAUUUUCGCAGUAAGUAACUUUUUUUUCCCCAUCGCCACUUUUUUUUGGGUCGUUAACUUUUGCAUUCUUGUUUAUUUGCAGCAGUGGUGGUUCUCGGCCACCGUAUGCUCUCAGUUUAUCUACAACAGGGUUUGGUAUUUCUUCUAUCUUACCCGUUAUUGUUUCAGUUGUGUAUUCACUCUUAUUCUCACAGACUCCUAACUUGUAAAAUGUGUGCGCCUGUGCUGUCAGAAGCCAUUUCUUUCUUCGCGGUCUGUUUGACUCAUUCUUCACUUGCUUAACAUCGCACAUCUUUCACAGACACUGAGGUUAAACAAAAGCACCCCUCGGCUGCCCUGCUGUGCUUUCAAACCUCAGCAGCAGCAGCAACCUUGAUGAAUGGGUCAGUAAAUUGUGUAAUGUUUAACAUCACCUACACACAUCCAGGUGGUGGUCAUCUCACAGACUAUUGACCCCCUGACCUCCUCAUUAGACCAACAGCUCUGGUUUCAUUCACCUCUGGCUGUACAGGAGGUAGUUCCUCCUCAGGGUAGCUGAUCAGUCAUAAAGUCCAAAUCUGAAAUUGUCUGGCGCUGGAAAAGGAGAAGCUUUGUUGAUACAGAAAACAUUUUCAUACUCUGGGGAAAAGCUGGCAGAGAGUUUGGGCUUCAUCUGAUAUCUAUAUUUAGUGUUUUCUCGGCCAAAAUACAGGGCUGGUGAGAGUGAAUCCAUCACACGAUGUGAUAGUAGGUUUUUCACUUCUCUGUGCACAGGAUGGUUUUGAAAUCAAUCAAAAUUUAUGCUCAGAUACUGUAUAAUUUAGCUCUUUGCCUCUGUUUAUUUCCGCAGACAGAGCAAGCACAAAAGUGAAAAAGUGGGCAUGACUUCAUGCCGUUCUGUUGCCAGCUCCUUCCUUGCAAGUGUGGGUUUGUGUGUGCAUGCCUUUGUGGUUCCAGGGAGUAAACAGUAGGUGUGCAGUGCUGCGGGCAGUCACCUUGUCCACCACAUCAUGAAAAUAUUACAUGUGUGUAGUAGUCCUGUGGUCCGAGGAGUGAGUUGGCUGUCCAGGGGAGUUGUAGCGAUGUUAGACUGCUGGGAGGAGGAGAAGGAGGAGGAGGAGGACUUGGAGGUGUGGAUGUGAAGUAGGGGGAGGCUAUGCUAUUUGCCAAUAGAUAGAGAGGCAAUAAAAGGCAAUUUUCUCUCUCCCAAACCCUCCCUCUCCGCCUGUGUAGCAAAGGCAGGGGAUAAAGUGAGGAGGAGCCCUGCGAGUGGGCACACAGUCUCUCUGCAUGCACAGGUCUGCUGGAUCCUGUCUGAUGGGCAUCUGGCUGCUGGAUCUCCCACAGUGUCCCAGGAGAGCUGUUGGCCCUGCAGAGCUGCGCAGUCCAGCAAAGGGAACAGAAUAUACUUAGCAGUUGAGGGAAACCUGUUAUGUGAGUAUAAAUGUGUAGGCACCUCGUUGGGGAGUUGUUUUAGUAUUGAUUAUUUUUUUUGUGGUGGCAAGCACUGGAGAAAAUGACAAUAAUUGCAUAAUCUGAUUUGUGGAGAAGUUUGCACGGAGCAGAGUAAUUUGUUUGACACAGUUUGUGAAGCGGCUGUUUGUUUUCGUAGUCUAGUCUGUAGAGAUUUGGAACAAAGUCUUAGAGAUUUAUUUUCAUAAGUGAGAAGAGAAAAUGAAAAGAUAUUUUUUACGUUUCUAACAUCUCCGAGGGGGAUUGAAAACACAUAGAUGCAUGCAUGUGUGAACAGCUCCCACACACACACACACACACACACACACACACACACACACACACACACACACACACACACACACACACACACACACACACGCACAAUCUCAGUGUGUCUUGUCUGGUGUGUCUUGUCUGGUUGAUCAUUGACCUCACUUUGUUGUCCUCGAUGUGGGUCAUUGUUUUGGUGGCUUUGUGACUUUGUCAUUGUGUUUCUGGUUGUUAAACAUUCUGAAAAGACUUUUUAUGCAAACAGGUGGGGACUAAUUCACGAUACAAAGGCAGGCCUCACACAAUAACUGGCUCGCACAUUUUGCACAGUUGCCUGAUCUUUAUGGCGUUUUGGCUAAUGCAGUUAGCCACAUGAAAAAGCACAAGGGCGAUGACGGUGUUCUGUAACCCGUAAAAAUGGUCUUACAUGACUUAUCUCAUGACUGGAGUGUAUGCUUGUAAUUGGCUUCCAGCAGAUUGAGUAGGAACCUCAGGGUCUGUGUAAGGAGUUCAUUGAAGUCCAAAGACAUGGCACAGUUACCUCCCAUCUCUCCAGUGCCUCUCUGAUGGGAAAUGAAACCAAUUGAAGAGAGGACUUCACUGUCCACCCUGUUUUCCUAAACCAAUUUCCUUUCAAGUCUAGACAGCUUGGCUUUUCAAUUGCAUUUACUGUUUGUGUGGUCAAAUGUAGAGGAAGAGACCGCCAGAGGAACUAAUUUAUCGUGUAAUAGGUGUUGACACUUCAAAGUGUGAUCAUGAGCUCUGGUUGUCGGCGAGUUCGUAAAUCCCUUUUUUUUUUACUUUUUCUGUAUGAAUCCCCAUAUCUAAAGUUGUUCUUCCUUUUGGAUUACCCCUCCCUGUGCCUCCAGCACGCCUUCAACCGCCCCCUCCCAGCUCGACCAUCCCAUCCAUCCUACACACCUUUGAUCGCUUAAUUGAUCAUCCUGGCAAUCUGUCUCCCUCUCUCUCUACAUCCAUCAUGAAACUCACAUUCUCCCUCUUCAUCUUUCCUCUCUGUUCCCUUUGAAGCAGCUGGAUGUUUCAUUUAUCCACCUCUCCCCUCCUUUCCUUGCUCAUCCAUCUCACCCCAGCCUUUCCCUCUACUAUCACCCCUGCGAGCCUCUUCAUUUGUCUGUUUGCUCUACCCAUUAAGAGUGCCCCGGUUAGAUAACACUGUUGUUGCUCGGAUGUAAACAGGGGUCAUGUUUUGGUUGCAGAUUUUUCUUCAAAGCAUUUGUCACGGCUGCUUAUCAAGGUAUCUCAGACAAAGAAUUCAGACAAUUGUGCCUCAUGUUAGCUCAGGAAUCUGCAGAAAUAUGCCUCUAUGUGUCCCAAAAUGAACAGUGGCCUAUUUGGCAGAUGCCACUCGGGAUGAGGGAAAGUGCAUUGCAGAGUAAAAGUAAAGAAAUGUAAAAGUCGGCAAGUUAUGCCUCCCUCAUGUAGAAUUCUCUCCUGGAUUACAUAUUUUAUGAUUCAGAAAUAAUUAAGUACAGAUAGCAUCGCUCUCAUGACAUCUUUUUUAUUCAGAACGCUCCUUGCAUUGAAUCUUGCCUCUACAUUGCCCACAAAGCACUCAGUUCAAGAUGUUAGCGCAUUAUAUCUUGUUACAGCUAAGCCCUUGGUAGCCUUCAGCGGUCAGCUUGGAGACGAGAUGAGGAGCAGAAUACAGACGUCUGAUUUUCGAUUGCUCCUAACCGAACACCCUUAAAGUUUAAACUUUUAGUCUUCAACAAACUUCGCCCCCAGCGACUCUACUUAAAUCAGACUGUUUAAGCUGCUUCUGCAGAAUGCUUUUACAACUUUUUUUCCCUGCCAUAAUACUCCUCAACUCUUGAAUAAUAUAUUAUGUGUUGAAUGGAAGAUCUAAUGAGUGACUGCUGCGGAUGCUGAAUUCUUCGAGCUGAUACUUGAGACUGAAAUAAAGGAGUUUAUGAAGCUUAUGAAAAACAGAAACUCUCAAACUCUGUAAACCAGUCUGUAUUCUGUUCCCCUUUCUUUCGGGUUUCAUUUCACCUCUUUUUAAAUCCCCACAAAGUGGUUGGUGGUGAUUUUCUGGUGCUAGAACACACCGCCCCUCACGUGGUUUAGUAUACAGCCAAUAAUUAGUAUAGACUCCUGGAAGAGUGUGUUUGAAACCUUGUCUGAACAUGAAAGAAAUUUAUCCUCAACAUCAAAGGUGAGCCUUUUUAAUAUGUCUUUUUUCUCUGAGUGAUGAGUAUGAGCUGUAGCAGCAUCUUUACCGAGUGGGGUGGCCCUGCCUGUCUCCUCCUAGGUCUUUGGAGGAGCACAUUAUGAUCAGGAAAGUGUUGUGUGGUGUGUAAUUUAGCUCUUUUUAGGCGUCUUUUUUUCUGCUGAGAGGGAGGGGGCAGGAGGACUGCAAGUGUGAUUGAGGUAUCAGCCUUUGCCUGAGGCUUUCAACAGAGUUGAAUUGUGUGUGAGUGUUUGUGUGCAGGUCUGUGUUUGUGUGUCCCUAGAUAGAGCUUUGGCAGAGCUCAGAUGCAAUAUUUGGAUCUGAGUUUCCUCUACAGUAUAUGUGUGUGUGUGUCUGUGUGUGUGUUUGAGGAAAGUAAUUGUAAAAUAUUGAAUAGCUGAAAAAAAACUCUCUUUUCUCACCCCGCAGCUGUCGUUCAUUACAAAUAAGAAGAGAAAACAAGAAGGCAUCUGUAAAAGGGCAGGGCUAGACUAGACUGUUUUCUCACUUUGACUCAAAAUGCUGAGUCUCACUGAAGUCAUUCCUGUUUGACCUGAUCUCUGUGGUUCUGUUUCUCUCCAGGCCACCCUCAAGUUUCCCACCCUCCCUCCAUCCCUCUCCCUCCUCUCCUCUCCUGUUCCCAACCUCUCUGUCUCAAUAGCUGGCUGCUCACUGGAUGAAUAAUUGUCACACUCCUGCAGGCAAAGAGUUGCUUUUGUCCCACUCUCGUUCUGGCACUGGAAUCUUCCCGUUUGAUUACUGGGGGGAGUUUUUCUCCACCACAGCAUACUUCUGUCUGUCUGACCGUCUGUCUCUCUGUCUGUCUCUGUCUCUCUGUCCCCAACCAUUUUCUCUCUGUUCAUUGUGAGAGUAGCACUGUGCUGUCACAUGCCCUCCCUUUCUGCUUUCACCCAUUCCUCUCCUCUACUUCUCACUUCCCCUCUGACAGGUGACAGAGACACUGUGCAAAUUGAAUUCAGGGAACUGGGCUGUGGCUUUACCAUCAACACUGCAGCCCCAAAGCAGCUUGAAUGCCAAAGCAGACCCAGAGAUCGACCUGUGCCUUGCUGCCAAAUAUGCUAAUGUCUCCACAUAUCUGCUAGAUUCUCACUGAUUUUUACACCCACUCUUCAACUGGGUUCGAACUCUUGACUAAUCUUCGCCUGCUGUAGCGGUUAAAGUUCAUUUUCAUUCAGAGGUUGACUGAGGUUCAUCUCAAGUUUAUGGAAAAGUCACAUUAAAUCACUUUCAGUCUGUUAAACGGCACUCCUUCCAUCCAGGUGCAGCAUAACAGAGCUGAGAAAAAAGUCUAACGACAUGUACCAACAUGUUUGAAUCCUUGAGCUCUGAGAACCAAAACUGCUCCAGUUUCUGUCAGUCAACACCACCUUCCCAGAAGAGCUUGUAAGAUAUUCAGACUGACUGUUUUUCCUUUGCAUGCACUGGAGGGAGGACCGCACUCCGGUUCACACGAUCCACUUAAUGAACAGACGACUCAGUGUAGAUGCUGUUGAGUGCCUGAGGUGCAAACAAACUUUUGCAUGGAAGGAGUCAUUCAGUGUUGGUGUGUGAACCUACUGUUCUGUGUCAAACUUCAUUCUUUGAUUUAAUUUUGCGUUUUGUUGGUGCACAAAUGGGGCUGCGGAUUAGCUUUGCUGAUUGUGUUUGUUCUGCGGCUUGUUACUGCAAUUAUUAAGAAAAAGUAGUUACUCUGUUCGUCUGUAGGUGCAUUUCACAAACACGGUGUAAACAAGCCAAAGAUGAAGUCUGGAUUUACCUCAGCAACAGUUUUUGUUUUGUAGCUCACUUAAUUGGGUUAUGAUUGAUAUCUCUUUUUUUUCCCUCAACAUUUCAAAGCUUAUAAUUAGAGUGAAUUUUACCAAACAAUCCAGAGGGAUUGUUCUCACAACACUAACAGCUUCUGUGUAAACCGUGGGCUACUCCAGAACACUAAUGAGACAUAUCAACCAAGUCAAAAAGCAAACCCCAAAUCCAUUAAGCAUUUAUUUUUGUGUGUUCGACCCAGAACAUUAGACCUGUAGAAACAAUAAAGCACACAAACCACCACUUGAAUAGAGACUCUUUUAUUAGUCUCAUACUAAUAUCCGCAUUUAAAGGUAAAACAAGUACAUACUAAUAUAACCUAGGGCUGGGCGAUAUAGGAAAAAGUUUAUCACAAUAUGUUUUUUUCAUAUCAGUCAAUAUCGAUAUAUAUUACAAUAUUAAACAAAAACCCUGUCAAUCUUAUGUUCUCUGUUACUCUUAAAUGAAAUUUAACAGUGCUUAUUGGUAGCAUGUCUUUUGCAACACAAUAAGCUACUGCAUCUGUGAGGUCUUUGUGUCUCUUUCUGCGUUUUGUUGUAAGGCGUUGCGCUAGAGAAAACGGACUGAAUGGUCGGCUCUUUCUGCUGCACAGGCGCCAUGGGCUCCUUGCUCCGCUCGGGGUUUGUAAGCUUUUGCAUUUUGCAUGCUCUGCCGCGUGGCGCUGCUUCCGGUGGUGAAAAAGAUUUAAGGUAUUCCCCAACCUGUACUCGAACAUGUACUCAACAUAACUUGCAGUGCACAUUACUCUACUUCAUAUCUGACCUAAAAAAACCAAAAUACCUCCACACCACCGACGUUUUCGUGCCAGUGUUGUCAACGAUGUCGUCAUCUGUUGAGCAUUCAUCUGCAUUUCUGUCUGAGGUAGCACUCAUUUUCUUUCUUUCUCACCGACAGUGCUUUCAGCUUCACGUGUUAAAGUGCUACAGUUGCGUGUAGCUGCAACCUGCUACUAUGCAGUUGUUUGCUACUUGGUUUUAAUUCAGCACGAUUGGUUCAGCGCGGUGCUGACCCAGAGCAACUCCCCUUUUCAUUGGCUAUUUGUAUAGUCUACCUAAAUGUUUCAUAUUGAUAUUGAAGGAAAUACAUUUUUGACAUUGUGAUCAUUUUAUCGCACAGUCCUAGAUAUACCUUAUGAUGUUGUUUGUUCUUUUUUCUUUAAGGCCAACUUAAAACAUCUCAAGAUCCUUAUGUUUGAUACAUAAUUACAAAUCUUCAUUGGGUUUACUCAUCUGUCUGAUUUAUUGGUCUAGCUUUAACAGGAUUUGCUGAACAGUAACAGUAAGACCAUUACCAUUACUGCACCACUCUAGGAGGUAUUAUGGAUGAGUGGACCCUCCAUCAGACUCUUAAGCCUCCUAAAUUGUACUGUGUGUAGCAGUACUUUGUGCUUUGAAGCCAAAGUGUAUUUGUUUUAAAGGAUUUUCUGUUUUGUUUACAUAUUAGCUUUGUUUGAACUGCUUCUCUACAGAAAUUUCUGCUACGGCGUUUCCUCACUAGCAACAGUUAGAAGGAAAUAAUGAUAGUAAACCAGAGAAAAACUGUGUUCCUGACUAUCACUAUGGACUAGUGCUUUGUCCCACAUUUUCAAGUCUGUUUGUGUGGCUCCUGUUGAUGGGGGCAUUAUUCAUUUGGCAGACCAACCUAUGGCAAUCAAUCACCAUUUGUCUCUGUCAGCCAUGCAGAUAUGAGCAGUGUUUCAACUGGUCCCCACUGAGGGGCAAAGCAGACCUCCUUCUAAGCAGAAACCACGCAGCUAUAAUAGAAAAGCUUGAAGUUUCACUCGGUAGUUGAUGAUUGAUCUCAGCUCUGUGUAGCCACAUGCUAAUAACGCGACUUUAUGACGUCAAUUUUUUCACACUGCCCCCCAGCUUCAGUUCAAGGGUUUCUGUGCUCUAAACUAACACCAGUGUAAGCUUAUGAAUGACUUUGUUCUGAGCUGUGUGGUUGCAAAGCUCUGCUUUAUGAUACUGCCCCGCCGAGUCCCUGCUGCCAGGACAUUUUCUGUUGAAUUGGGUGUUUUUUGUUCACUGGCUGAGAUGUCUUACUGAGUAAUGUGAUGCUUAGUGCAACUUCAGUUUUCCUGGAAAUCUGAUUUUCUUUUGUUUUAUAAUCCCCUUUCCGUGCUUUCUUCAGAGUUUCAUGAUUCACCUCCUUCAGUCACAUGCUGCACUUUCUCCCUCUCGUGUUGUUGCUGUUUCAUUUGUUUUUUUCUGACUUGACUGCAUAUCCUUCAACUCCUAUUACCCUGUUUAAGUGACUCAUCCAUUCUUCCCUCCUGCAUCCUCAACCUGUAGCAAACCUCGGUAAAAUCAGAUUCCUCAGCCCUGACUGGCACUUCCUUUCAGAGAUGACACACUAAAGCACAAUUUGAUGACCAGUGUCUGACGAACACUUUGACCAAGAGUAGGAAAUAACAGCAGACUUUUCCAAAGCCUCAUGAUGGAUUGUAAGAAUUAAAAGUUGACUGGCCGUUCUUUUGCUUUUACGAGCAAAUGUGUCCAUUUUUCUCCUGCCGCCCUCACUGACUAAAAGGGUGUGAUUAUGUUUUUCCGCUCCUUAAAGUAAAGGACACAUAACAGCAAGUAAAAUAUUUCAAUAAUAAACCAAAGACGGUUGAAGGAAAUUCUUUCAAGGUGAAAAAACAACCCCACAGACAGUUUUGCGCUGCCAAACAGCUCAUCCUUGCCCUUGGAUCGAAAUUCAGUAAAAACAAGACAACAGUGGCCCCGCAGGGAGCAGGGGUUGAUUCAUACCAUCCUCAAGUCUCACAGAAACAAGCUUUCAGGAAAGCAUCAAAUGACCUUGUUUUGGUGGCUGGCGCAGUCCCAACCUUCAAAGUGUUGUAAAGAUUCAAGAUUAAUUUGUGCUUCCUUCUCCCCUGGACCCAGAGGGCAGUGGUGCGUACGACCUCACCGGCUUCCUCAUGCACGGACGGACGGAAAUCCAAAACAAAGAGCUCACUGCUCUCUGUCUCCCAGAGGCUAUUAGUCAUGUCUAACUGAGGCAAUGUGUUUGUCUAUCUGGCUGUGAUUUAAGACUUCACAUGCUGAGGACUGUGUAUGUUCAAGAAAAAUUUAUAGGUAUGAAGCGUAACAUCAAAGUUUUAGCCAGUCGACUUUAAUCAUUACUUUAAUAGCAGUGUGGACCAUUUUAGCAUAAUACAAAAAAAAAAAAAAUUCUUAAUUUUAACCCAAAAUGUUGGGUUCAUCUUAAACAAGAACUCAGACGGUGUCAAAAAUAGUUCUCCACACAUUGAUAGUCCGCUAAAAGAGAGUUUGACUUGUUAUAGUCUGAAAUAAGAUUUAUUGUUAUACAUUUAUAUAUGAGUCAAAGUAUCCUACAGAAUUGGUCAAUCCAACCAAGUUUACUGUCUUCUUUUGGGCUGAAGAAAAUCAACUGUAAUUGUAGUGAAGAUAAUUGGGAUAGACUCAGUUUGGCCACCAGUUUGUUUGUCUCAAGGUUCGCUCAAGUGUCUUCGCCUGAACACCACUCAAGGCUUCAUCAUUAACUCACAAGUUUCAGAUAAAACCAAAGAUGACCUUUAUACCAAAGCUGGAGUUACUAACACAAUUCUGCAUGCGGCACUGGAUAUAAAUAGUUAAGACAGAUGUUUUGUCUGUUCAACUAGUUAUAGAGAUUUUACACUCAGAAACACAAAGUUCAGGUCCUUUUAUCAGGAAAGUUGCUGAAACUACAGGACACAUAAUUUUUAGAACAUGAAUCGUUGAGAGGGAUCUUGUGUUAAGUUUUUCAGUAGAUACUGACGUAUUUUGGUGACUUCUUCAAUAAAACCUUACAUGAAAGAAUUACCCAAGACAGUUCAUUUCAUUCACUCGGGGACAGUGGAUGCACAGCCCCAAUUUCAAAUAAGGUGGGCUGCUUUGUAAAAUGUUAAUGAAACUGAGUGAAGUGGUUUGUAAAUCAUUGAAAGUGCAUAAUUUUGAUGAAAAAUAUCUGCAUUUUCGAUUUGAUGCUUUAGUUUCAUGUUUAAUAAAAUAGUGGGACAGUGGAUGUGAAUCACCUCUUCUUUUAACAACACUCUGUACAUGUUUGGGAACCAUAAAACUAGUUCCUGGACUUUUGGAAGUGAAAUACUGUCCCACUCUUGCUUGAUAUAAUGUCAGCUGUUCAACCGUUCAGGGUCCCCUCAGUCAUUUUUCUUCCUUCUCAUGAUGUGUCAGUUUUCUGGUGGCUUCAAGUUGAGAUUGUAGGCAGGUCAGUUCAGUAUCCAGACUCUCCUACUAUAAAGCCAUGCUGCUGUUGUAAUAUGUGCUGAAUAUGGCUUUGCACUGUCUAGCUAAAAUAUGCAAAGUCUUUCCUGAAAAAUGCCAAUGUCUGGGUGGCAGCAUAUGCGUCUCCAAAGCCCUCAUCCAGUCAUUCAGCAUCAUUGCCUUCCCAGAUGUGUAACUACCUGUGCCAUGGACACUAAUGCCUUCUCAGACCACCAUGGUACCGGCUUUAAAGUUAGUCAGUUCAGGCAUGUUGCUCCAGGUUUGUUUUUUUAGAAAUACACAACUUGCAAUAUUGAAUUUUAAUGAUUUGAAAACUGUCAAAAUCUGUUUCAAUCGCUUAUUGCUUAAUGCUUAUUGCCCAACUAAAUUAACCAUUACGUAAAGAUGCCUUCAAAAUAGUCAUUAACUGAGAGGCUGUCUAGAUAUUUAAUUGAUUUGAAGACUGACAGGCCUAAGCUGCCAUCUUUUAGCUAUUUCUAUGUUUUUAUAAUUCCAGUGAGAGCUAUAUAAGCAGUUCUCGAGCAGCAUAAGUAUGUCAGGCUCCUAAGAAUCAUGCCCCCUCAAUUGAUUUAUUAUUGCACUGAAAUCAAAAUGGAAUAAUAAUAAAUCAUGAUUGAACGCAUGUGGUAAAUGGGUUGGUUUUAAGCUGUUGAGAUCUGGCUGUUGACGGCUCUCUUGAGCCUUAGAUGAUGGUUACAUAACUGUGACAAAAAGUAUGGACCAAACAUUGACUCUGAUUGAUUACGCCUCUGGGGUUUCUGGUCUGUAAGUUAAUUCUUAUAUGACAGUGAGUGAAGUGAAGUAAUAACUCUCAGGGUUGUUGGAAAUCUCAAUAAAGCCAAAAACUGAAGUUAUAAUGUUCUUUGGAAAACCUCAGCAGUGAUGUAAAGCAUACAUCAUUCGCAGUUAAUGCUCUGAAAGCUGCAGAACCAGCUGAAUAAUUCUUCAGGUCACUCCUGACACUCGGACUGGCCUCAUUAUACACCUGGAAAGAAUAAUGAUUUCAAACAUCAGGUUCUAACACGAGGGGCUCUCCAGAAAAAAGCGCUAACCAAUGCCAAGGUAAUGCUGCCAGCUUUUUUAACAGAGGCAAUCUAAUUAUAGAGACCCUGGCAAACUCUCUUUAAUGACGCAAUGGUUCCUCACUUUAAAAAAAGUUCGGUCUGUCUGUCUGUCUGCUCUCCACUCUGCCUCUCGUUUUUCACUUGUGUAUUUGUUGUGCAGGACAGAAGCAGCAGCUGCUCAUAAGUAUUCAUUAGUCCUGCUUAUGGAUUAGCCGAGACAAAAGUGCGGGUUUAGAUUGGGGCUCCACACUGAGCUUCCUCCUCCAGGACACAGCGGGCUCUUCUCCUUCUUUCCCCAAGCACUAACCACAGCUGUUCAGCAGCACUUAAGUUCUCCAACAACAAUGUGCCAGGAUAGCUGUGAACACUUUUGUUCCCCUACGCCAAAGCAUUUGUCAGCAGUGGUUUCUCCUCUUGUUUCUAAUGCCUUUGUUUCUCUGCGGUGCUUUAGAAAGCAAUAUGUUCUCCUGUUUCUCAUUUAUUGACAAAACUGUGAUGAAACUAUGUCAGAUCCUGUUUGUUGACGUUGGUUGUGAUGGUGAUUGCUUUAGAUUGCUGGCCCAAGUCAUCAGUUUCCAGCUCCUGUUUUUUGCACACGCAGCUUAGUCCACUAAGCUCCAUAUUUCAGCAUUCUGUCAUCUGGCGUACUCACUCUUAUACUUAGUCAUUCAGACAACUUGGGUGUUUUUCGGCCGGAAAAAAAGCCAGCCCCUUUCUCUCUUUCAUUUCUUUUACCACUUGUAACACAUGCAUCGAGUAUCAGGUGCUUUGUGUCUCCCAUUUAGGACAGCUGCACAGGCUGGCGUUCCCUGAGAUCUCCUUUAUGCCCACAAAGUCGCCUCUCACAUAAGCGCACACACACACACACACACACAUCACAAGGCCAUAAGUCACCCUCCCUACAACGCCUUCCCUCUCCCAAAUCCACACACACCGUGUACCCAUGUCAUCGCUGCUCUUGUUCCAACGUCUCCGCCCUGUUGUGCCUGAGCAAACUCGACUCCACCAUUGACUUUGUUUCUAAGCAUUCACCCCCCCAACCCUCUGUCACUACAGCUGUGUGUCAGCUGUUGGCCUGCCCAAGUCUGGUCGGAGAAGAAGCCGAAACACAGAGGGUCUACAGGGAACCCAGUCUGGCCUCUGCGACUCCCCCAGCUGUCACUCCCAGUUCAGACUUCCACUUAUCAUGAGCUUACUUUCCUCCCUUCUGCUUCACCACUGGAAGUCUUCCUUUCACACAUUCAGAAGUUACAGUAAAUACGCUCAGAGGAAAGACACAUGAAACAUCAUACUUUUUUCAGAUUGAUUCACAGUUGUUUGGUGAAAUCAUGUCGGUGUUGGCAGGAAAAAAGCAACAGGUUCUUCUUUUCUUUUGAAGUACUUACGAUUUUGCACACCUACCUUGAUAAGAUGCAGAGCAAUUUACCAUUUCUGCAUUAAAGUCCGCCUCCAACAGGGUUAUAAUUUAUAAGUUUAGUUGGCGUUGAUUCAACUUUAUGGUCAUCCCGGGGGCUAUACUUUCUUGUAAUAUCAGAUUAAAUUGGUUCAUAGUUUUCUUUUGUUACAACAGAGUGUCACAACAAAUUACAUCCUCCAAAUCACUACAUUGCAGAAUGAACUGCUCCCUAUAUCAUUUUAAUUAAAAACAGGAAAAUGUAACCUCGGUGAAGGACUUUGAUGUAGGAGUGCAUUCAUUUUAAAGUACCUAAUAAGAAGCCGACUAAGUGCAGGAUGUUUUGGAGAAUUCUAAAAUUUCACAGACUUUCAGUGUCACUUACAUCCAAAAUGUCCGUGAUUAUCCGUAGCAUCAAUUCAUAUGAUUACCAAACAGAACUCAUGCAUUUUUGUGUCUUCAUUAAAUCAAAAUACUCCGACAUCCGUCCUUCUGUUGACUCUCACUCAUUAGCUUUUAUUUCUACCAUUUUCCAUCUUCAGUUGUUUACUAAAUACCAAAAAUCCUGGUGUUUCAAAUGAAGUACGUUCUGUUCAGAGAAGGUAGAACUGAAAUCAGUAAUUUAGAUGAAUUUUGUCAUACCUAAUACAGGAGAAAUAAAAAUCUGUGGGACUAAAUGGGGCCAGCUAAUUAUACCAUCCUCAAUUACCAAGCUGUGUGUACCAUUUCUAAAGGCAGCAAAGUAUUAUUGUGUCCCUGCAUUCUGCUGCCAGAGAGAGAAAAACAAAUUAGUGUGUGAAAGUGGCCUUUGUUGUAAGGCUUUGUGCUUGUCCCUCUGGGGUUUGGCCCAUUGCUGAUCCCCGGCACGCAAAACAUUGAGAAACAAAUGACUGCGAGAUAUGCUACGUGCUUCUUACUAAGAGGAUUUGAUUCAGUUUGGUAAUCAAUGAAGAAGAUAUUUAGUGUGUGAGCUCAGGCUGGAGCUGUUCACCUGCAAGUGAAAUGUAAAUGUCGGCAUGACAAUGAGAUUGUUGGUUCCAACAACGCAGACCUGAAUCUUAAAAUGGCUGCAUCUAAAUACACAUCUUUUCUUUUUUCUUUUUCUGGGACAGGUAUGCCUGUGGUCGCCAGCGUGUCCCCGGACAGGUAACCAGGUGUGUUGCUGCUGUCAUGGCCUUGCUGACCUUGCGGCUGUUUCCUGCCACUGUGCUCACAGUCCUGGUGACUCUGGCGUCGUCUUCAGAGGACCAUGAGUGGCACUUUAACCCGGGUAGGUUUCUUUAUGUAAAUGCUCGCAAAAGAUUAUAUCAAAGUUAAUGAAAGAUAACUGUCCUUCAAUUUCGUCCCCAUUAAUUACAAUUGCAGUUCAUCAUUGACUGUAGACAUUAUCACUAGAUAAGAAUGCAACAAAUCCUUUGUGUCAACAUAAAGCUAUCAGCUGACUUGAAGUUGCCAUACUUCAUGACAGAGCAAUAAACACUAAGGAAAGAGAUUUACCAUAUUUGCAUGCUGCCAUUUUCCUGUGGUGCCAAAUGCUUGUAGCCUAUAUUAAUCUAGUUUGUCAGUCAUUGAUUUUUAGCUACUUCACAACUGCGAUCAUUGAACAGUUUUAGGACUGCUCAAACAAAAACACAUUUAAUGGUGAACAUCUGACAACAACUUUUUUACAGCUUGCUGGCUGCCUGUGGGCAACAGCUUGAAACCCUCCCUUACAAGCUAGAAUUGCAUUAGCAAGGAUUUAGUAUAUACAGGCAAGCGUCUGAAUGCAAAGUUGUCCUGAUUUCUCAAAGAAAACCAGAGACAGUUUCUGUUUAGAGGUCAGUCUGUCAUCAAACUACCUACUGAUAUUAUCUGUGAAAGAAAAAGAGGCAGACAGCUGUGGUUUUAUUUACUUUAAUCAAGGAAACUGUUGAGAUGUAAGAAACUGUGGUGCAAAUUGACUCAUAAAGUGAAAGUAAAAACACACAUAUAUAUAAUUAAAUACAGUACCAAGGGAAAUACUCAUUAUUUAAUUAAAGAUAUGUCUGUCUAAAAUUUUAGGAUAAAGCUGUCUAUGUUUAUCUCCUGAGCUAUCAAGUGAAUUUAAUAAACCACAAUUUUGAGACCUAUUUGAAAUCUUGUCAAAUUGCCAGAAAAAAAUAACCCCAGAAAACAGCUGUUUCUGAAAUUAGGAUAUAAUAAUACACAGAUCAAUACUCUGCUACUAUUUUCCCCAGCCACGUAGCAGAAAGAAUGCAGCACAGUUUUCAUCAAUAUCAUCUUUGUUAUUUAAUCACAAGCAUUGUGAAUUCAGUAAUUUACCCGCAGCACGUUUUGUGUGGUCGGUUUGUUGUAGGCGGAGAGUGGACAAACUGAGCUUCUUGUAACUAUAGUUACUCUAAGGAAAGGGUCAAACUGUUAUUUGGUCAUUGAAUUUUUCUGUCAGAAAAAAAGUAGUUUCUCUUAUCAUUAUCAUACCUGUUUUAAUGGCACACCCUCACAUAUAUUUGGGGAGUCAAACACAGUAUUUAAAGCUGUAAUGGACAUGUUUCCCUGCAGUUUUUCACUGUUAUAUUUCAUUCCUGGUGGUGAUGACCCUAGAUGGGAGGAAUGAACACUAUUUGUCAGAUACCAGAAACUUAUAAUGUCAUAACUUCCAGUUAAUGAACCUUAUCAUGAAGUCAGAUGAACAUAACCAGUGUGUUGAUAAGGCUGAGGACAUGUAAAUUCACCCCCUCAAGUGAGUCAUUAGUCUCGCAUAUUAGACCACUGAGAGGUAAGGUGAAUGACAUUGAUGAUUUCUGUGCAACUGUCAGUGGGUGGGAUAUGUUUAGCAACAGGUGAGCAUGUAGUCCUGAAGUUGUUGUGUUGGAAACAGGGGAAAUUGACAAAGUUAAGUAUGUGAGAAACUCUGAAUAGGGCUUGACAUCCGGUCGGAGCAUCUCCAACUCUGCAGGUUGUUCCAGGUCUGCAGUGGUCAGAAAAGUGGUCCAUAUGGUGAACAGGUGAUGAGGUCAUGAGUGGUCAUGUCCAGUUCAUAGAUAUGAGGAGCCAAGGCUUUUGAGGUCCAACCUAACAUCUACCAGAUCUCCAACUGCUGAAGGGACCGCUGGUUCUGAUCGAAAGGUGACAGAACUCAAAGCUGUGUAGUCACAGACUGGUCACAGUGCACAUGUUGACCCCUGACCAUCACCUCAAGCACCUAAGAGCAUGAGUCGAUCACAUCUGAACCAAGGAACACUAGACAAAGGUGGCAUGGUGACAGCCUUACUGAGGUGUUGACUUAGUCUCUGAAUCCCCCUCCCCUCCUAAAAACUUCAGGUUCCAAAGGACUUGAUACUAACCUCUUGAUGACAGAUACUGCAUCACGCUUUCAGAGGUCUAAUGCAGUCCAUGUCUCAUCAGGUCGUGAUGAAUAGAGGGCCAACGCAGUUUUAGGUGGGUGGUCAUAAUGAUAUGAUUGAUUGGUGUAUUCAAAACCAGCUGACUCAAAGGUGAGGAUGAGUUUGAGACAUUUAUAUAAAGAAGAUUUGAACAACUCUUGUGACUUUACGGUAACUUAAACUGUGUAAGCACCUCCUAAAGAGCGGUUUCAUUUUGACAAGUCAGGGGGGAACGUUUCAAGGUGGUUAUUUAAUUCCCACAAACUCUGGUAUAAUUGCAUUUUGCGCCUGUUUCCCUGUCCUUAUCCCUCCCACCCCUGUGUCCUCAAGCUCUGCAAGCGUCCGUCCUGCUGCUCCGACAUUCUCCUCACAUUCUCAGAUCAGUAAGGCUCAUUCUACGUCUGCUAUCAACAGGCUAUCCAGUGUCCUGUCUCUGUCUGCCAGCCAGUCGUGUGUAAUAGGAGAAUGAGAUAGCUGGGCGUCCCCCUCCCUCCGCUCAUCAGGACCGCUAAUGCACAGGCAGCUCAUGAAAGUGUCAGUCAAAAUGUCAGGAGGGGGAGGGCGUGAGGGAUUAGUGAGCGAGAGCCAACCAGGUGUAACCAGAGGAGACUGUUUGCAGUGUGGUCAGCCCACUCUGUGCUGCAGCAAGACUGAGAAUGAGACAAGGCUGCAAGAAUUGAUGAUUGUUUUAAUCACGUGUUGAUUACAUUUUCUGUAUGCCAAACAUCUGAUGUAUGGGUUGCGAGAGAUCUUUCUUCUCUGGACUAAUCACCAAAUGUUUGUAUGCUUAUGCUAACAUGUAGAGACCGCAGUAAACAUAAUACCUGUUAGCCCCAUUUCUGUGGGUUAGGUGGCAUGCUGGUGCUUGCGGGUCGUGAAAACAGAACUGGGUCCACAGUUUUUCUGCUAAUAGCUUUUCAAUUUAUAAUGCUUUCCUUUAUUUUAUGAGACUUUUUAACAUUAUCAAAGUUUUUGAAUGCCGGUCAGACAAUACAAGGAAUAUAAGAUGUAUUUUAUGUACUUCUUUUUAUGAUUUUUGACAUGGUCUAAAUUAAACUGUUCAUGUUUAAUGCGGAAAAACAUUAUAAUUUGUUGCAUACUGAAGGAUCACAGGAAGCUGUUGCUGAUCUUAGUUGACAUUGUGCAGGAGGCUAAACAAGUGUAAAUAACAAUUUUCCUCAUGACUUGACAUCUAGGGGAUACAAUUGAAGAGUCUGCUCCAAUAUAUCUUUGUAUUUGAAAAUGACACGAGCUGUAACUGGCUCGUUUGAUACAUAACUAGAUCAGAGUUGAAACAGUGACGCAGGAAUCUUUAGAAACCAUAAAAUAUCUGUAUAUAUUGAGGUUCCCACUGUGUGUUAAUUGAGAAUGAUAGAUCGUUAGACCUCUAUUAGAUGAGUCACCUGUCAGUCAGCAAGACAGACAUCCGUUUACACUCCCACCUACGACAAGUUAGAGCUGCUGAUUAAUUGACCUGUUUUUGAACUCUGUGAGGAUCUUUAGAUUAAGGAAAAAAGCCCACACAGGUAGUGAAAAUGAAAUAAUUCUGCAAACCACCAGGACCUUCUUGCUAUGAGGGGCUGAACAUCUUGUUUAUUGAUCGACCAGCAGUGCUUAAAAUGAUCUGCAUGUAUCUUGGAGAGAGACUGAUAAAAAUCCACCCACACCAUCUUUUCCUGUAGAACUGAGUUAAGCUCUGAGGUAUCAGCGCUUCGUCUAACGCAUUGUUGUGAACGCUGGAAGAGAAGGUGAAAGCAGAGGACUCCGAGGGGGCUGGGGACAGAAAUGAGAAGAUUGCAGAUGGUGGGGUGUUGACUGCUGAUGUGUGAUGAUGAUGAUGUAAUGAAAUGGGCACCUGUCUGUCCCCAGGGUGUGUGUAUGAACUGUGUGUAUGUGUGUGUGAGUGUGUGUCUGUCUGUCUACUGCACCCCUCAGGGUUUUUAGGGUCUGUCAUGCAGCCCAACAUUCCUGUUCGCUGACUCAAUGACAGAAACUAAGUCAGACGCCUACUGCUCCCCCGCCUUUUUCUGUCACCCUCAGCCUCCCCUCCAUAUCACUGUCAGUACCCCUUUCCACUUUAUCGCUACCCACACCCUCCCUCAGCCUCCCCCCAUGCUUCCACCUUCACAUCUCUCCUUGACUGGCUGCAGAGCAGAUAGCUGGGUCAUUGGAUAAUCCCUGCCUGGGACCACUCUAUCUGGAUCGUUUGAUAAUUCUGCCGUUGGAGCAGAUUCAGAGCAGAUAUCUGAGACCUGACUGUGCUCUCUCAUUCAACCUCUGUGCUUUUUCCUCUUUUGUUCUCAUCCUGUAAUUCCCCAAGCAGUGGUAACAGGAACACGGACUGUACUGUAUCACUGGAGCCCCGAGGAGUUUGCUUUGUGUGGGAUGGACAGUGAGCAGGAAAGACAAGGGAGAAAAAAAGCUUAAGGAAAAGUGUAGUUGAACAAAAGACAGGUCACAGCAUUUCACAGGGUGGCAGAUGAAUUUUAAUGACUAUCUUUUACGAGGUCUCUUUUGACAGGACAAAGGGGACUGCAGGAACAAGUGAUGCAAAACACAGCCAUUACAUUUUAUAUUGGUAUGGAGCCCACACACAGAGGUUCUGCAUUAAAUAAGGGCCAAAAAGAAGAAUUUAUUGUGCAGUUUGGUAUUCCCUUUCCCUCCCUUUAGAGUCUGUGAGCGUUAUGCAGCGUGAAGUCCGGAAGUUUUCCCAGAGAUGACAUAACAACAUUAUUCUCCAUGACCAAUGUUGGCUGCUUAAACUCUAAUGGAAAUAUUAGGUUUCCUCUGGACAUGUGCUGCAAGCGGAUGAGAAUUUCGCUCAUGUGUCUCUCUCUUUUCCUCCAACUUUCCUCUGAAGCUCAGUGUCGUUACGCCCUGGGAAUGGAGGAUGGCACCAUCCCAGACUCUGACAUCACAGCCUCCAGCGCCUGGUCUGACUCCACUGAGGCCAAACAUGGAAGGUAGGAAAUGUGUGUGUGUGUGUGUUUGUGUGAAUGCAGACUUAAAGCUGAUAAUGACACAACUCCGAACACAAUAAUCAAGAAGCUUUUCUAGUAAGCUGUAAUUUUGCUUAAAGGGACAUUCUGGCAUAAAAUUAAUGUAAGGUCAAACACACUGUAACACCGAGUUAGACACCCCGUCGAGAGAUGAAUGUUGCCGACCGCUUGCUUCUCUAGUUAUACCAACUUUAAUAACAACCGCACGAUAGCAAUACACAGCGGCCUGAGGAGCCAUACACAAACCUCAACCAAAACGCCACUCUAUAGCCACAAAUAAUGCUCAGAACAGCACCUAACUUCAGUACAUAUAGGGUCCCAGCUACAGUACUAACCACCAAACAUAGUUUUAACUUUGCCUAAUUUCUUCAGCAAAGAGACUAAACACAUCUCACCUACUCUCUUCCAGCAGCCAUUUGUUUGUAGCAAGACCUCAGGCCAGUCCAUUACGGACUGCAGCGGGGUGACACAGCUCAAGGAAGAACAUUUAUGAUCAUUUCUUUAUCAUUUCCUUGAAGUAAUAAUCACCAUAUUAAUCAUUUUGCACUGCAGACGCAGUAGUUCUUCUGCCUUAGCAUCUCGGUCUGAUUGCAUUUCCAUGAAGAAAUGAUCAUAAAUGUUCUUCCUUGAGCUGCAUCCCCCCCCAGCAGUCCGUGUUGGACUGGUCGAGGUCUCUCUACAAACAAGCAGCUGCUUGAAGAGAGUAGGUGAGUUGUGUUUAGUCUCUUUGCAAAAGAAAUUAGGUCAAAGUUAAAAAGAUGUUUGGUGGCUAGUGCUGUGGAUAGGACCCUAUAUGUACUGUUGAUGAAGUUAGGUGCUGUUCUGAGCAUUAUUUUUGGCUAUAGAGUGGUGUUUUGGUUGAGGUUUGUUCAUGGCUCCUCAGACCGCUGUGUAUUGCUAUCGUGUGGUCAUUGCUAAAGUUGUUAUAACUAGAGAAGCAAGCCAUCUGCAACAUUCAUCACUCGCGGGGGUGUCUUACUCAGUGUUACGGUGUGUUUGUGCCUAAAUUAAUUAUACGCCUGAAUAUCCCUUUAAGGGGUGUCUCAGAGAUCAUGCUGUUGCGGUGGUGUCACCUAUAUGAGUGAAUGAUGACACCACUACAGUAAAAUGAAAAGUUAAUAUGGGAGGCCAGCUGAAACCAACAACUUUCAGUGGUAAAAAAUGUAGUUUUUGUUCUUUUUUUGCCCUGCUGUAGAUGAUAUUUUUCAUUCUAAGGACACAGCAGUUUGGCUCACAUUUUUGCUGACCAGAUUUCAGAAGUAUGCUGCACAGUUAUGAAUGUAAAAAAAGUGUCGGCACAGCAUUUUCAAAUCAGUUUUGCGAUCUAACAGUGCCACUAUACCAUUACAUGCACAAGUCGUCGUUGACAAAUACUCGAUGAGACUCGUUCACUGUGAUGGAUUACACAACUGUAAUGAGUUUAAAAGCUGUUGUACUUAAUUUUAAAUACAUUAGAAAAACAGUCGAAGCCUGAAGGCAUAGUUGUAGACGUAUGUACCAUUAAACAAAAUUUACCUUGAUGGCUUGUAAAAAAAUAGGUUGACGUAAAAGUAUGCUUUUGGUCUUAAGAGUGACUCAAUCAAGAAAAACUGCAUUUAUGUCUAUUUAACAUUGGAUCCGUUUCUAUGGAAACAUAAUUUUCAUUUUGGAUAGCAGCUCUGACUUUUAAGAAGUUGUUUCCCACUUGAUAAGGAUGUAUUUGAUUUAAGAGGCUUAGUCUCAGCUCAGUAAGAGUCAUAUUUAUAACAACUAUCAUACUUUCAUCUCAACUUCAGAGUUUUUUUUCCGAGUAGUAGCUGCAGUUUUGCUGGAACAACAUAAAACAACAGAAUACAUUCGCAUGUCACUGUGGGCUGAUCCGCCUGUCUGCUUUUUUUUUUAGUUUCUUGGCACCACACUAAAGUAAUUUGUUGGCCGUCUAUUAGAUUAUGAUGGUGGAUGAUCGUGUGUCUAUGUAAAACCCACUCUAUAAUCAUAUUACCACCUUGUCUAUCUGUCUGUCUGUCAGCAUGGUCAGACAAACCAUGCAUGCAGCGUGCUACAGCCAUGUCAUAAGAGCAUUUGCAGGAGUGCGUGUGUGUGUUUGCGUGUGUGUAUAUGCGUGCAUAAAUGUGUGUAUCCAUUUGCCUCCGGUGGUGCGCAGGGCUGGGUCUCUUGGCAGAGUGUCUAACCAUGUGGAAAUGAUUAUUAGCCCUGGCUCUUUUGUAAAGAGACAUCAGGGAACCACAGCGAGAGAAAGAGAGAAAACAGAGAGAGCAGCGGACAUAAAUAAAAAAAACAAGUGAAGGGUGGAUCAUUGUGACGGUGCGCUGAAAGCUGGAGAAAUUAAUUUGGAAACAAGAUUUGGGAGAAGGUGUUAGUGAAAGGAUGGAUGGAGGGAAGCAGAGCUUUUUUCACAGCCCUGAUUGCUUUGUGACGGUGAAACAUUUGUAAAUCCGUGUGAGCAAGAGGAGAAAAGAUAGAGGUGAAGAAUGAGAGUAGACAAAUGAAGUGUUGGCAGACAAUUAGAGCAGAAGAAAAAGAAGGAAAAAUUCAGGUACUUGGCAGAAAGGUGGGUUAAGUAUUACUUCUGUUGGCUCAUGCAUGUUAGACUGAACUCUACCAGGCUCAUUCCUUUUUUUCUUCUGCUCUGUCCCCUUUUGCCUCCAUCUCCUCCAUCACAGAGCACUCUGUUGAAGACUAAUGUGUUGAUAUCAGUUUGCGGUCUCCCGGCGUUAUGACCUCACCCGCUGAGGGAAUAGUGGGAUGGCUGAAGCACUAGCGCCACUGUGACCAAGUUGAUACAGUGUUUUAGUGGUUUAAGCUGCAGCAGGUUUUAUUUUGGGAGAAAAUCCCACAGUGGUCAGAGUGUGGUUGUGGCCUGGCGUUUCUUCCUACAGCUUCCUAUAAGAGCUGAUGCAAAUUGACAAAACACACAGCCAAGUUCACGGUCUUCAUGUGGCCUGUAUGUGGUGGUAGUUUGGAUUUUUCUUCCCUAGCUGGAUUGUGGAAGGUCACACUGAGGGAAAAUCUUUGCAGCGGUGCAUGUGUGUGGUCAUAGACGGCCUCAGGUGGUGUAACUAAAGAGUGGUCCUGAUGUUAUAUAGCAGAACUUGGUGUGAGGUUUAAAGAAUGAGGAAGAGCGAAGAAAUUUUCACUCCUUUCAUGCUCCUUUCAUCUCUUUCCGCCUCUUGUGUGUUCUUUUUAUUUACCAUCUGUCUCAGUCUCUUUUUCAUUGUAUUGCCUGCUGUGUUCUUUCACCUAAGUCAAGUUUCUGUCCUUUUUUUUUUUUCUUAUUUAAACAGAAAUAUCCUAUUUGUAAGUGAACAUUUGGCUGCUCUGAAAUCCAGUCUGUGUAAAAAUAGAGGAGGUUGUCGUGUUCAUAUUGAAUUCUAAGCAGUAGCUGUGCAGUUCUGAGAGUUUUGAAGUAGUCAGUCUUGCAACAUUGCAUUUGGAUCCUGGGGUGUUGGACUGGGAUUCAAUGAGUUUUCAGAUUUUGUAGAUAGUUUGAUUUUUCAUUAUGACUGUUUUUCUCAGGUUGAGCACAGGAGAGGGCGAUGGAGCAUGGUGUCCUGCGGGACCAGUUUUCCCCGGUGGAACAGAAUACCUUCAGGUCAGACACUCAUUAUGUUACUCUGUUUUUCACUGUUCUUAAUUAUACUGUAUAAAAGUGUUAAAAGCGCCAUUACAUUUUAGGUGUUAUUUUACCGAUAAAAGCAGAUAAAAUGUGCGGACUACUUGAUAAAAAACUGUAUGAUUAGUAUGCCAUUAUAACCACUUGAAUGCACUCAAGCCCAGGCAGAUGGGCUACACAGCAGCGUGACUGUCCAUCAGUGAUAAAGUGCACCCACAUGUUUUUAAAAGACUCUUUUGUGGUUUCUUUAUUUAUUUAUUUGUAUAAGCCACACAGUAUUUGUACAUUUAUAAACCCCAAAACUAAAAAAGCUAAUGUAGUUUUUCCAGGUCAAACAAAUUUCUUCUGUUCGUUGUUUCUAAAUGGACUGUAUCAGACUGAUAUACACGUUAUUUUCUGUAACAUAGUGAAAAGGCUUUUUCCCAAAAUUUCGACUGGCACCUUGUCAUCUACGUUUAGCAUAAACCUGUAUGCCUAAGUUACAAGUGUCUGUUAAUGUUUCCCUGUCUCUUGUAGGUAGAUCUGCAUAAACUUCACUUCUUGGCUCUGGUAGGUACCCAGGGUCGUCAUGCUGACGGUCACGGUCAGGAGUUUGCUCGCAAUUAUCGGCUCCGAUAUUCAAGGGAUGGAGUAAAAUGGAUGACCUGGAAGGAUCGUUGGAGCCAGGAAGUAAGCAGCGUUAAAAAAUAAAUAAAUAAACGCUUGAACCGAAGCAGUCUGUCAGUGUUAAUGUCAUUAAAUCACCUGUCAGGUUCUCUCUACAGAAUAUACAGGUGGAGUUGACUCAGCGUUACUAAUAUCAGGUUAACACUCUGCAGAUUUUUUAAUAUGGGUGUUGGUGAAAACACAGAUUGCUGAAUUUUUCAUCUGGGUUUUAAUUUAUUUAUCAUUCAUUAGAAAGUGGCAGAGUUUGCAAAGUGCCAUCUUAAUUUAAUCUGGAAACUUUUCUGUUGAGGCAAAAACAGCCUCUAAUGUCUGAGUUUUCAACACUAUGCAAUGAAUGGCUUACUUAGGGGCUUUCUUAUUAUGUUUGGUAUAUGUCCAACAUUUCUGUUAGUGCAGACUCAGAGCACUGUAUUUUAUCACUGUCCUACAUAAUGGCAUGGCUAAUUAGACCUCCAACUACCAGCGAUUUAAGAGGAGUCACACUGAUUUUUCUCUUUUUAAGAAGAAACUCUAAGUCUCGAGGUGACGGAUGCCCUCGCCAACAACUGUGACUCCGAAAUCAGUUUUUCUUUUCAGCUUUCUGUUGAUGUGAUUUUUUAUUUUUUGAACUCUCGUUGGAUUAACAGAAUUUGAAAUAGCAUGCCGAAUAAAAAAACUCUGCGCCUUUAGGCAAAAUCCAUUCAACCCUGCAGGUAACAGGGGAGAAGAGCAGUAUUCUGUCUGACUUCAAAUUUGUUCUUUUCUUCCCCCAGGUGGUGUCAGGGAACGAGAACACAUAUGAUAUUGUGUUAAAAGACCUGGGCCCCCCUAUUGUGGCCCGCAUGGUGCGCUUCUACCCCCUGGCUGACCGAGUUAUGAGCGUUUGCCUUCGGGUGGAGCUCUACGGUUGUGUGUGGAAUGGUAAGUGUGUGGAGGAGGGAGACUUACUCAGACUUCAGAGAUACAAAAUGUUCCUGUUUCGCUCAUUACUUAGGUAUUCAUAUGGUCAGUUUAUUCCAAGACAUGCCCCUCAGACUUUGAUAAAUAAAACCCUUCAUCAUACAGUGAAGGUGUCAUUUCACUUCAUCCUAGAUUUACUCCUUUGGCAUCAGGAGGACAAUGGGGGAUUUGCUAGAUGGCAGUGAUUACGAGUGCAUGUUUUUUGCAAUACAUCCCCAUGCAUUAGUUCAAGGCAUCUCGCAUCAAAUUUACUGCCUGAGUGGGGUUAGCUCAAAUAAAAGAAGCCACACUAGAGAUGAAAUGUGUUGGUCUCAAUGUUUUCCGGAGCACAAGGCUUACUAGCUGAGUAUUUAUGACAGGCUCACCUCCUCUCUUUUCCCCAUCCACCUCCCUCAGACAGCAUCACGCUGCCUGUAAAUCAGAGCUGUCACAAGGACUAGAAGCUCCAGUUCCCGGUUUGUGUUUUCAGUGAGAGCAUCUUUCUAAAAUAUGUGUAGUUUCUGAUGAAGUGCAGCUCAGUUCACCCACCAGCGAGAGAUUAUACAGAGUCUUCAGAACACCAGGCUUCACAUACUUUCAUCCUCUUAUUUCAUCAGAUAUGGCAGCUGCACAGUGUUCGUCUGUCCUACACAUUCACAUCCGAGUGCAUAAUCACAUACGCAGACACUCAUCUGAAUGCAAACACAGCAAUCUGAACAUAUACUGAAAAUCCUAUGUGAAGUGUUAUUAUGGGUAGGAGAGCGGUGGGCUGCAGUCUGUUGCUGACGUCACCUCUGUGAGGCUGAUUAGCUGUAUAUUGGAACAGAGGGACUUGAGUUUCACCGGUUAAUGGUGGCUGGGGUUCAGUGGGGCUGAGCAGCAGACCCCUUCAUUAGUUUUUUCACCUAAAAAAACAUCUGCAGCCAUUCUGAAGCAAUGAUUAUAUAUCAUAUCAACAACCAUGACUUAUACUGAUUAUGUCCUCAUUUAAUUGUUUCUCAGAUGGGCUGAAAGCUUACACGGCUCCAGUGGGUCACACCAUGUACCUGUCUGGCAUACCUGUCUAUCUGAACGAUUCCACGUACGAUGGAAGCACUGAGCAGGGGUAAGACAAGCAGCUGCUUUAGUUUUCUUUUUACUUUUUCAUUUCUAUGCAUGAGUUUGAAUCUCAUCUACAUAUAAACCUUUGAUUUAUCAGUUCUCACACACCCUUAGCUCUAAAAUUCAUCACUGUUUUCUCAAAUAUAAUCAAAAUAAAGAUUUAUAAGUGUUGCGGUCAGCAGUGUGGAGGGACUCAGUCAGCGGAAUACCAAAAACUUCUCUGCAAUGUUCGACACAUCUGUAAGCACUGAAGUGGGGUCUAAGCCAAGCCCUUUGUUUAAAGUUUACAUUUCUAUCUACCUAAUCGAAAGGGAAUGAUAUUAUUUUUUUAAGAUGCUCUGGGAUUUCAACCGUGUUUCCUGCCCAUAAUGUUUUGACAAGAAUAAAAGGAGGGGGGAAACUCUGAAUGUUGAGGUCCACACACAUGUGCUGUACGGUUAAUGGGGCUGAAAUGUUAUGUUAGCAGCUGAGCUAACACCUUUGAUGUAAACCAGACAUUUUAUGGUAGAUGCACAUCGGAGAAAAACAGAGAGGGGCUGGGCUUGAGGGGACUCAUUUGGUGGCCUUGUUGUGUUGCUUUGUUUCUGUUGAGGUGUGUGUUUGAAUGUGAAAGAGAGGAGAGAGAGAAGAACCUCUGCCAGUUUUUUUGUGUGUGAGAAUAUGUAGGCCGGCAUGUUUCCCUGUGUAUCUAUGUAUAUAUGCGUAUUUAUGCAUCCCUGCAUGCCACAACAAGAAUAUAUUCAUAAAUAGAAAGUGACAGGCAGCCCACAGUGUCCAGCGUUAUUUCUGCCACAUGUAAAUAUGCUGCUGUGUGUGUUUGUGCGCAGCAUGCAGUUUGGAGGCAUGGGUCAGCUCUGUGACGGCGUCCUGGGGGGAGAUGACUUCAUACAAACUAAAGAGCUGAGGGUGUGGCCCGGGUACGACUACCUCGGCUGGAGCCGGGAAGCCCUCGGGCAAGGCAGCGUGGAUAUCGAGUUCCACUUUGAGAAACCGCGUCUCUUCCAUAAAAUGCAGGUAUGGAGUGAAAGUUAUACUGUUGUUGAAGAAUGAGAGAGGGUUAAGCGGGGCAUUGUUAUCCCACAGGAAUCUCAGACAGCAUGAGACAGCCUGUAAAUCAGAGCUGUCAUCGAGGCUAAAAGCUGCAGUUCCUGGUCUUUGUAGGGAGACCAUCUUUCCAAAAUAUGCUCUGAUGUGAAUUAUGAGGCAGUGCAAGCCAGAGAGUAAGAAGAAUCUCUUGGAUGUCAGCUUUUACAUAUUCAGUCUUAUGUCUCAUCUCAUAUGGGAUAUUAUGGCGGUGAACUGUCUUUACUUUGUCAGCGUGUCAGAUGGUUAUGGAGGACAUUGUUAUUCCAGUGAGAGCUUUUCAUGACAGAGUAUUAUUCCAUUAUUAAUGCAUUGUCUCUGAUUUGGUUCAGGCAAAGGACUUUCUUCAAAGUCAUGCCCCUGUCUUUCAUUUUUUCUUGUCUGUACAUAACAGUGAAGUUUCCUGUAGAGACUUAAAAAGAAUAAUCAAAAGAGAAAAGACGAAACACACUAUGAAUUACCUCGCCAUGCCUUACAGGAGGUUAUCUGAUUGUAUUUUUGAACACUUCGACCCGUAAAUCUGCAUCUAAAGAAGUAAAAAAAGCUUUGAUUUAGUUCGUAUACUGUCUUCAUUUUUCAACAAUGAGGAAAGCAGCUUAACAAAGAACAAUCUUUGGAUAAAAACUAAGAAAUAAUUCUGAAUUAUCUAGUUUGAACAAGACAAUGCAGAUGUCAUUGUGAUAAUGUGAAAACAGACACUAUGGUGGUCGUUUUGGUCACGUGUGAUGAUGUACAACCUCUUAAAAGAAACAUCAAGUCACAUUCUAAUAUAUGUGUGAGUCGAGGGAAAAUGAGAAGCAACAUAAACGCUGGUGAUCUCAGACAAACGAGCCAUUAAUGCAUAAAAUCCCACAAAUUGAAAGAACAGGGUUUUUAAGCUUUGGUCUGAUAAAAAAAAAACAGCGAGAAGUCAGUGGAGGCAGAAAACACAAAGGGCUGCGGGUGGUGCCGACUCAUUAAACAAAAUAGAUCCGCUUCUUACCUCGUUUAUGCAGUGACUUACUGCGCGAUAAAAGAAAUGAAAGAAAUAAACCAAAACUGCUUAACCUAAUCUUACUGAAACAACCAUAAAUACAGCUGUUGUAGGCGGUAUAAUUUCUGUGAAAAACAUUGAAGGAAAUUACUGUCACACAUUGUGAAAACCAAAAAAUGAAUACAAACUAAGCUUGAUGCUCUAUAAAACAUUUGAAGGGCCUUUUCAGAUUCUUAAUAAUGAAUUUUUGCACAAAUCAGAUCACAAGAAGUUUAGUGUCGUAUCGCAAAAGACAGACAACACAGGCUCAUUCAAUCACAGCACCCUGAUGGUUGAGAUGAGUCAGCCUUUUAAAGAUGACUUUGAGGGAAGUGGGCCGCUGAUGAUUGGACGAUGCAGGAGAGACAGGAUUUGGGACAGCUGGAUGGUGGCCAGUCGCUGAAGCUGCUGGUGACGUCAUUCACUGGGCUCCAUCGUACACAAUCGACACUUCAAUUGACCCAAUUUACAAACUAGAAACAGCGAUGCGAAUAGCAAAAACUUGAAACUGAAGCCCUGAGGAUCCUAACAAUCAGACAGAGGUAACAUGUUCUUUCCUUUUUUAGGGAACAUUGUCAGCCUGUCUCCUCGCCCGAAAGCAGCAUUUUGACCGGAAUAGCUUGGCAGCCAUUUAAUUAGUUUUAUUGUGCUAUUGUUUAUCGUGGGACAGUGCGUCUGAGCUUGCCUUUUUCGGGUGCCACUGGGUUUCAUCACAGUCUGUUUGUGCGUCUGUGUGGCUUUUGGGGUUAGUUUGUGGAGCAACAAGAGGGGUUGAUAAUAUGAAGCGAGUCAUUUUGAGUUAUAACCAUGUUGUCUCCAUGGAUGCAGAGUGGAAUGUCGGUUUGGGUGGGAUUCACCCUAUACAUGUGCGCAUUUAACAGCACAAAUCCCCCCAGUCUGUGUUAUAAAGUGACAAGUAAUCUUGAGAUCUUGGUUUUGACUGCGAUCCAAACUUCCCGGCUGUGGUUUCCCCACCUCCCAUGUUCUUUAUUAUUCUGGUGAUUCUCAGUUACCUUUAGAACCUUUCCCAGCGGGAUUCCAAGUGUUUUUCCUCAACGUAUCCAGUGUUUCCUGUCUUUUCCCAAGAGGUUUUGCCACACUAACCUCAGCUGACAUAUGCACUUAUGUUAGCCUGGCAGAGCGGAUAUGUCAGACACACAGGUCAAACAAAUAAUGAGUGGGAACCUGAACCUGAUUCUGGCUUAGCUUUACUCUGUAGUUCCUUAACCUACACCUAAUCACUCCCCAAGGGGAAAUGUGCCCUUUGACCUUUUGUCAGUCAUGACCUGCAUUUCCUACACAAUCUAUCAAAGUGUAUCUAAUUAAACUUUGUAAAGAUUUGGGAGUUCAGGUAAUAAAACUUUAUUAAAUCAGCUCACACCUGAGACAGCGAAACAAACAAAAGAGUCACAGGGACCUAAUAAUGUUAGAUUUAUGAUAAAACAAGCACAACAUAAUGAUGAAUGUUGUGUUAUUCUCUCAAAUUAAGCUUUGUGCAGGUCACUGGAGCUGUGUUCCCUGUAGGAGUAGUAAAUUACCUCAGCACUGUUGACCUAUCAGACUCACACCACUUCCCCAAGCAUACAGAACACAGUCUUUCCUCCCAAUUGUCCUCUUCCAUGUAGAAUCAGUUACACGCCAACUCAGCAUCUGGUGCAGCUGUUCCCUCUGCACCUCCUAUGUGUGUGUGUGUGUGUGUGUGUGUGUUUUAUUAACAUGUGGAUUGAAUUAGAGCGGCUGGCCUCGCAGUAAGUGUGAGGUUAAUGGCUAACCUGUCAGAGCAGCUCUGGCACCACCCUUUCGCUUCUAUCCUCUCCUCCCUAAUUUUCUAUCCCUCACAUCUAUAGAUUUGACCCCUUACUCUCUCAUUUAAAAGCCCUCCAUCUUCCUUCCCAUCCCUCUCUCCUCUCCUUCAGUCCCUCUUCCUCCCUCUAGCAACAAUGAUGCCUCAUAUAUUAGGUUGGCUUUUAUAGAUUUCCUUCUCUUCAGCCUUUGCUUGCUUGUAAAGUCACAGAGGAUACAUAUCCCCCUGCUCUCUUGCAGCAGUUUUUAUCCUCCACGUUUCUUUCCUCCGCCCUUACUUUUCCCUCCUUUGUUCUAAUUUUGCACUCUUGUAAUUCUUCACUGCUUUAAUUUGUGCCAAAGCAAUUAUGUGCUGAACAGGAAGAGAGUGUCUCAUUAAUUUUGUGUGUUAAUUGAACCUCCAGCCGCUCCAUGAAUAAUAAAUGAUGAAAGCCCCUACUUUUGCAGAGUUUUUUAAGAUUUUUGCACAUGAGUCGAGUUAAUUUGGUGGUGUAGGUAGUUAAAGCCUUGUUCAAUCUCCCUUAAUCUGUUCUCUUAAAUCGGUUCCUGCUCCUGUCUUCACCCUUACACAUUUUUUUUUUACUUUCUCUAGGUUCACAGUAACAACCGCCACACCCAAGGCGUGCGAGUCUUCAGCAAGGUCGAAUGUCUUUUUAAGCCCAGCAUCCUCAAGCCCUGGUCCUCUCCUGCCCUCACUCUGCCUGUGCCACUCGAGGACCUGAAAGACCCUUCGUCACGACCCAUCUCCCUCCCUCUUGGCGCCCAGCUAGCUCAGAUCCUCCGCUGUAAAUUCUUCUUCGCUGAUCGAUGGCUGCUCAUCAGCGAGAUAUCAUUCCUCUCUGGUAGGAACCUUUGUCAAAGUUAUGCAUGUUUGUUUGUUUUUUUUUUGCUUCCAUUGUGGAUUAUUGCUUUAGCCACACAUAUCUAAGCAGCUAUGUCUGGCCCCCGUCCAGGAGGAUUUGGAUUUGUCCAAACAAUAGCCGAAUUAACACAGCAGCAGUGAGAAAAAAGGAUACCUGCUGUGUGUCGUGUGUGGUGCGGGUUCAAGUCUAAUCAGCAUUCUUUAAAUGCCCAUAAAAAAAUGAAGAAAGUGAAAUCUAAUGAGUUUAUUUUGUUUCCAGACUAUGACAGAAUCAGAAUUAACUUUUUGUCCUUGCUGUGUGCUUUUAAUUGGCUUAAGGUAUCAGCAUUUUUUACAGUCAAGGACCAUUUGCCAUCGCUGGCAGGGAUUCAGCAGAAAAAUAAUGCUGUUGUCUUCAAAAAACAGUUUGGAGAGAAAAUAUUUAAAAGGGAAAGCUGCCAAAAGGUUGAACGAAGCAUUUUAUAAGUAGGCAGACUUACUAUGAAUGUCGAUGUCGCAACAGUUUUUCUUUAUACUCUCCUAAUCAUUUAAAAAAUUGAUCAGGAUCAGAAAAGCGAGUUUCCCCUCAGUCUCUCCCCUUGUCUUCACUUUUAUUCAUUUAAAACUGAUAUCCAACACACAUAGGAGAUAGACAGGGGGGGGGCUCUGAUAUCUCCCUUCUGUUUUAAAAUCAGAUUGGGGACUCGUCUGCUCAUCUCCAAUUGAGAUAGCUUUGACUAAUUAAACUGUCCCCUCAACUCAAAUACCCUAUCAGGUAUAGCGUGACAAGAAUCAGAGAAGUGCUCAAUAAUCUCAUUAGACUCAGGUGGCUGAAAUGUCUCUCGCUGAGUGGUCUGGCAUUUGCGGUUUCAGGAUUCCUGCCAGGCUCAGACUUCAGAGCACCAGCCUGCUUGAAGGUUCUGUCAGUGGCUGUGAACUGGAGUCUGCGCCACCCAGACUGCUUCAUCUUGCAGCCUAACGUUCAGAUAAGAGAAGUUUGACUUGUAUUUAGUGCUCAGGUAACAUAGUAUGGUUGUUGUUUUCUUUUUUUUCCUCACAAGUACCAACUCUGCAUUCGACCCAGUUAACAAGCGUUAUAUUUAUAAAAGAUCUGCUUAUUCUGCAAGUCUCAAACUAGAGAGCAGAGGUUGGCUGGCCUCUUAACAGUAACCAUUUAUCAUUGCUCAGACAUUCAUAUUAGUCAAUAAGAAAUGGAUCCGGUCCCAGUCAAAAACAACAUAAUUAACACAAUCUCCUGAGAUGAAUACUGUUGCUCUGGAAACACAUCGAGCUGUAACCACAACCUCUGUUUCCCAACAGCCGAGGAGGACAACCAGACGGUGUGUGUUGCCAUAUGGAGCCCCCAAACAUAUAAAACAUGAUUCAUUUUCAUGAAACUGUCUCUUCCUCUCCUGAUCCAGAGCCGUUCGAUGAGGAUGCCACAGAGACAGAUUCAUUUCCUCCUAAUCUUCCCAAGAUUCCUACCACCGCUUCCCCUUCUUCCCCUCCUCUCAACAACACCUCCUCCCCUCCUACAUCGGGCAGAAGCUCCUCCAACACCACUGUUGGCCCCUCUGGUGAGUCCUCUUCAUCCUUCAUACACCUCUUGUUGUUAGCAGCCGGUCUUCUAGCGUUUACUCUCUUUCCUCCCGUUAAAUCUCCUUCCUUAGUUUUUCCACUGUCAUCACCCACCAUACUGCUUCAUGUACUUUCCCUCCUGCUCUCUUAAUUCUCCUGAUCUCUCCCUCAUCACCUCUCGUCUCUGCGCCCGUCUUUCCCCCCCAGUCGUGAUGAGUGUGAGCAUGUCGGCAGUGUGUCUAAGCCGUGUGUCUAAAGCAGAGCCAAAGGCAGGCGGUGCCAAAGGAGGCCCAUGUCUGACUAGCAUCCCUCUUUAUCACGAGCUCUGAAAUCCUUUGGGUGUUGCACCAGCAUUUACAGAACCCAAAGUUGAUGUUGAAUGUUAAUCUCAUAGAUUUAAUCGUAUAUAAAGAGCAGAAGAGGUCUAGGUCUACAAAUGAAGGUCAAGGGUUUCUAACAAAUGAUUCCUCAGUUCUCGGUGCUAUCCUCAAAGGGAUUUCAUUCAGAUGGGAAAAAAAUGAGUCGUAAUCCUGUUAUCCAUGAUUUCCUUCCCUCACCACCUUCUUCUUCUGAGUCUUCUCCACCUCUUCUCAUCUCACACAUUCCUCCUUUGUCCAUCCCUCGCUUCUCCAGAACCCCCCAUCCCAACCACCUCCUUCAUGACGGACACCACUGGUAACUGGACUCUGUCAGGUGAGAGAGCAAAAACAAAAGAUUGGGAGCAUAAACCCAGGGGCAGGAGCUUAUAGCAUCCACUUUGGCCCUGGUCCAGCAUCUUAAAACUGUCCCACUGCUGUGUAUGAAGUAUAAUGGUGAAGGGAUUACAGGGGCAGGCUUUGGCGCUGGGCUCUGUCCCCUGGGUUCUAAGAAAUACAGCUGUAAGAAAAACACUGACUGAGAUAUAGUGCCUUAUAUACUAAAUAUGUAGAAUAACAGCUCACUUCCUGCGGUCUUACAAGCUGCAUGUUUUUUUCUGGGUUUCUGCUCUUCACAGUCGAACAAUAACAGGCCUUUUAAAAAGCUGGAAAUGGUUUACUGUGGCGUGUUUGCUGCUUUGUCCUUGUUACUGGCUGCGGUUGGACGGCUUUGUUUGGGUUUAUUUAUUACCCGCAUGGUGUUGAACUGAGAGAGAGAAAAAAGAAAGAGAGGAAGGGGGUUGUUUUCUGUUAUAACCAUAAUGUGUGUAUAUCUUUGACUUGCAAAUGUGUGUUUGUGUGCAACCGUACAUCUAAGCAUCUUGUAUGUGCGGUUUGUUUGUGUUUUUGAUCCUUUUAGCGGAGCUAUUUGUUCCUAACCAUCUCUGUAAAAGCGUCCGAAGAAUUUGUUUAUGACCAAAAUUUACACCGAACUAUUCUAGAGAAGCCUCCCAUAAUUUUAUCCUUCAGUCAAAUAACAGGCUGCAUUUCACCUUCAAGGGAGUAAAAAUAACAGUGUUAUUCAGAUUAACAGUUCACUGCAAGACAGUCGGGAAGAUACAAGCGUUCACAUCGUGCUCUCAAAGCAGUGACAAGCUCUGUGGUAUGAGUGGACAUACUGGAUACAUGCUCAGACAGGCAAUCUCCAUCAGAUGUUAAGUAAGCCUGAUGAAAACCGUGCUGAUGUGUGUGACCCCACAGUGAGUCCGUGACUGCGCUGAGAGAGCCAAAACUGGCUGGCUGAACAGUGCAUUACAUCAUGCCAGCCUGUGGUCUCUCUCUCGCACACACACAAAGUAAUCCACUCACAUAGAUGUGUAUCGACAAACAACAGCAGGUUUCACACAAAUAAUUAUUUUUAUGAAUGCUGUCAGACAGGACAAUCAAAUUAGUCCUCCCUCACUUUUAACAUUGUGUCCUGGUGCUGCUACCUCACUGAAGAAAGGCAACAAAAAUCUUCACAUGCUGCUAAAAUCAUCAGCUCCAUUUAAAUUCAACCCCAGGGCUUUACAGCCGUGCAGCAAACAGGAGUGCAGUCUGCAUCAGAGGACCCUUCAAAUCUCCUUCACUACCCGCUUCAGCUGCUCCCCUCAGGCAGCUGUUUUAUAACACCUUUGGACACAAAGAAAACAUGUUUUUUCCCACCACCAAGUCCAUUUAAACAAGGCUAGUUACUUUUUAAUGUGCACCGUACGCAUGUUUAUAGAACUUUUGGGAUGCUUCAAUGAGAGUCUGAUGGGUAUGAAUGGUUUUUAUGUUGUUUGAGCCCCUGAGCAAAGAUAAUUUUCUGCCACUGUGUGAUAAACAGCAACUCUUUCUUGACUCUUAAAUCCUAAUACAUACAACAAACCUUUCCUUCUGGUUUUCCUUCUGCAUUAGAUCCAGAACUGGCAGCAAAGACUCCGAGGGCAGGGCUUCCUGUGGCCAAGGACGACAGCAGCAAUACAGCAAUUCUGAUUGGCUGCCUGGUGGGCAUCAUUCUCCUGCUGCUGGCUGUGAUAGCUGUCAUUCUGUGGAGACAAUACUGGAAAAAGAUACUUGGCAAAGUAAGUCAAGAUUGAGAUCAUAGGGGUGUGUGUUGUACAUUAACAUUUAAGCAGUCAACGUUUAGUGUACAAACAUAUUCUCUUAUCCACCACUUAAGGCAAAGCGGUCUUAGCUCUAUGAGCCAAACAUCCAUCUCUGAGUUUACUGCCCCCUCUACACACACACACACACUCCAGACUAAUAAUAAUUAAUUUAAAAAAACUCAACUAAUUACUUUUCCGGACAAUGUCCCUAUUACUCUGGGCUCCUAUUCUUCUUACUGUUCGGAGGGUUCAUUACUUUCCUCAGAAUAAAUAACACUAAGUGAGAAAAAGAUGAAUUGGGACGAAGUGUCCCUUUAACCGAGUUAAAAUGAGUGAUAGCCGGCUGAGAUAACUCCAGCCAGUUUUUUGGCAGUGUUCCUCUGGACCUCCAUCUGGAUGUUAUAUGGGAAUCUUUUUACAUUUACCUCGAAUCAUUCAAAGAUUAGGGGGCAUUUCCACUGAUUGAUUGCCAUCUGCUUAAGGAAUCUAAAUGACGGAUGACUUUACUCUCACAUGCCGGUUUGUGAGGUAUACCUCAUUAACAUGAAGGCAGACUAAUUCAACAGCCCUGCAAUACAUCCUACCUUGAUGAAGCAUGCUGAAAAUAUUUUUAAAUGGCUUUGAGAGGUACUCUGUUUUGCGUUACACUGAAAAAUGCAAGUCUGAAUAUUCAACUUCCCUACCAUCAAUCAUAUAAAUGCAUCAGAUUCACUAUAAGAAAGCCUAAUCAAUAUCACUCCAUAGCUGCUACAUUCCUAACCUUGUGAAAGCAGGACCUCAGUAUCAACCUAAACGGUGUCAAAUAAACUUUCAACUGAGUUUAUGCCGCCUAAAUUCAGCUGCAUCACCAUCCGCCCUCUCAGGCCCAGGGAAGCCUUUCCAGCGACGAGCUUCGGGUUCACCUCUCCGUCCCCUCUGACAACGUGGUCAUCAACAACACACACAGCUACUCGAGCCGAUAUCAGCGAAUCCACACAUUCCCAGACGACCGCGACCACGAGAGAGAGGGAGAAGGCGAGUACCAGGAGCCGAGCGCUCUGCUGCGGCCACGGGAUCACAGAGACAGCACAGGUAAUUUAAACCCCCUCAUUUAUGAGCACAAAACAAUGGAGGGCGUCACUAUCAAUGAACCAUUCAAUAAAAAUUAAAAAACACAUAAAUUCAUAGCGUGACCAAGAUGAUGACAGUUUGCUUUUGUGCUGUAAAACACACCACAUGCUAAAUACAUGUUGGCAGAGAUUGAUUUCUAGCUAGCCACAUACAACUGGCGUGGAGACAGUGGCGAAUGUAAGACAAUGAAACUUUCCAUAUGUACAGAAUUUCAUUUUCUAAGAACAUAUGUGGUCUGUAUUGAUUGCUUCAUGUUUUCGUUCAUGCUUUCGCAACCCUCAUUUGUUGAUAGUACCAAUAAGCAGCGGCAAGAGAAAAAAUGUGGCAUGCAUAUCAAGCAAACACUGGUAUUACGACGUAUUUCACUACACCAAACAGAAAUAAAUCAAACAAAUACCCCGCGAGGAAGGGCCGCGUCCCAAAAGAUGCACGGCACAGAGGGGGCACAAAAGAGCUAUUGUUCUAAGAAAAGAGAAGAAAGAGAAAAGAGGGAAGAGAGAAAGGGGAGUAAAGAAAGUAAAGGCAUUCCUUCACUUGCAUUGCACAACGGGAGGUCUGCAUGCUGUUUUUACAAGGCGCCUGUGAGUUUGAAAUAACAUGUGUUACAGAAACAUUAUUUCAUCUACUGGUUUUAUGUUAUGUUUGGUUGUGUUCACUCUGCUUGUUCUUGCUAUGCUCUUUUGUUCUUCAUGUGUCAGUGCAACCCCCUUCCUUCCAUGUAUUAUAAUGGAUAUGCUAACAUGCUAAUGGUUGUGAUAUGUUUUUGUUUUUUUUCUUUGUGUACUUUGUGUCUGUGCAACCUCUGUUUCAUCCAUACCAUGACUCCUGCGUGUACCCCGCCUCCCACUGUGUGUGUGUUUGUGUGUACGUUUGUGUGCCAGCCUUGCUGUUAAAAAACAAUCCAGCAUAUGACCUGCUCCUGUCAGAUCACAGAAAAGGCGCAAGAUCCCUGGUAGUCCCCAGCACCUCUCAGGCUCAGGAAAAGAGCCUCAAUGUGCCCCAGGGUAAGAGACUCAUACUGGGCCAAAUAUGUUAGACGGGGGACCCUACCUCCCUAACUAACUAUAUAUCUGUCUUAAUAGCGUCUGGUAAUCAAAAGAGCAGAGACGUGUCUACUCUGUUCUGCAUGUUUCUUACCUCUCUCGUCCUCCUACUCACUCUGUUAGUCAGUCACUACUCAACAUGCUUUUGUUUGAAGGGAUGGUUUGGUAUUUUGGAGAAUUGCGCAAGAUUUGAACAAAAUCAGGGACUGACAAACUCACACAUGAUUUUAUUUAGUCCUACUUGCAGCAUGGUUUCACUCAUAGCAGUGCCUCUCUACCAGUCUAUACCUUCCAUGAUGACCCUGUCUGUCUAUAAGACACCCUGCUGGUCAUUCAAAUACAGGUUUAAGGCACCUGUGUGUUGUCUAUAUUGUAGAACCAAGAGGCGGGCCUUGUUAUUAUUCAUAGUGAACUGAAAUGAUACUCCUGACCGGUGGAUGUUCCCCUACUGAAGUGAUUUGGUCUUUUCCUCAGCUAUGAUGUAUAAGUUUAGGACUCUAAAAUGAAACCACUCAGAGACUUUCUGAUUUGUAGCUUUAAUUUACAUAUUACCAUCCCUCUCUCUUAAAACUUUAAUAACUUUGGUGACCUUUAGGAAUUUCCUCCAGCACCACCACUAAGCCAAAAUUUUAAUUUGUCAGACACUUUGGAUUAUGACCAGAUACCCUCAAGCCUCAUGACAUUUCCUGCACCUUUGGCCACACUUUAACUUUGGUACCAGCUGGCAACUAUAAGCUGGCUAAAAGAAUACAUUAAAGUAGUUAAAGAGCUGCGAGCAUGUCUGCAGACUUGCUCUUUUCCUCCCUGUUGUGGAUGUUUGAUAAAUUUUUUUUCCCAAACAACAUUAACCUGAAUAGAAUAAUUUGGAUUCAGUAUUCAAAUGAUGCGCUGUGGCUGUGUGCACUGAAGUGGGACAGAAAGUUUCUUAUCAUCUUUAUUAUGAUCCACACAAAAGUAAUACACUUUGUAUUCCAAAGCCCCACUACCAACAGGUUUUUGACUAAUGCGGGCUGUCAGACCCACAUGAAAGCUGAUAGUAUUGAAUAUGAAGUCGUUAAAUUUUCGUUGAAUCAAUCAAACCUUUGAGAGGUUUUCUAUCUGCAACUACAGCAAUAGAUUCUAAUUUAGUUCAAAAGCAAAUAGAUUAGGUGAACGCAGUUUCACACAUUCGGAGAGAAACAGUUUGGUUUUGUGUUUUCUGAACUGUGAUAACCUGCCACACAAUCUAAAAAAGGACCAAGAACUGAGCAGGAAAAAAAUGUGCAUUUUUCUGAGGACUGCAGGGCAAAUUUCCAGCAUAAUAAGUCUGACCAAGGUCUUUCACUUGUCCCCAGCAUGUAAAUCAAAGCAGUGGAUGAUAAAUGACUGUGUAUAAAUCAGGACCUUAAACCCGUUGAGAAUUUAAAGCCUUUCUUAAUAUUCAUUCUUAUGAUUUGUCUCUUUGCCCUAUCCUAUCAACUUUAAUUGUUUUGCCCUUUAUGUUGUUUAGGAUUUUCUUUUUAUUUCAUCAAACUCAAUCAGUAUUCGUUUCCGUACAGAGUCUUGUAAGGUUCUUUAUUCGUGUAGUUCAGGAUUUGAUUGAAUGAUCAAAGAAAAUCCCCAAUAUUCAAACUAUCCCUUUAAAACAUGCCGUCUGAUUACUUUCCUAAACAUGUGAUAUCAUUUGAUUUAUUCACCCGCAGACUGUCUGAAAGCUCAACAAAGACUCUGUGUUAUCAGAAAGAGUUAUCUCUUCAUUUCAUCCACCCUCUCUGUCUCCUCCCCCUCCUCCCUGCAGCCUGUGGUUUGGACUUGGACAUGGAGAAAGGUUUUCCCCCAACUCAAGAAGAACCUCCACCCUACCCCGGCUCCCCUCCUUACCCUUCCCUGUCUCCCCCUGUGUCUCCCCCACUGCCCCCGAGCGUUCCUCACUAUGCUGAAGCAGACAUUGUGAGCCUGCAGGGUGUCAGUGGGAACAACACCUACGCAGUGCCCGCCUUGGCUUCCUCCAGCCCUGGGGCCGACGCCACCCCCCUUCCAGAGCUGCCGCGUCAGUGUCUCAUCUUUAAGGAGAAACUGGGGGAGGGACAGUUCGGAGAGGUGAUGAAUGAUUCCUCUAAAUCGAUGUGUUUCUGUGUGUGGGCGACGGGAAGUAUAAUUUCACCGUAAUGGUAUUUCUUUGCCGUAAAGGUGCACCUGUGUGAAAUCGAGAGCCCUCAGGACCUUCCCAACCUGGAGUUCCCCUUCAACGUAAGAAAAGGUCGCCCUCUGCUGGUGGCAGUGAAGAUACUGCGCCCUGAUGCUUCGAAGAAUGCCAGGUCUGUAAUUUCAUACACAGCCGGGCUCGGCUUCUGAGUGGUUCACAGUUUUUCUUUUCAGUGUUACAGCUUAUCUCUCGUGUGCUCAUCGAGCUGCAGCACUCCUUCUGGUCACUGACUUUCUGGAGCAGGACACAGGGCUCAGAAAUAUUAUUGAAUGUAACAGAAAUCAAAACAAAGAUGAAGAGUUUAAAAAAAAUUUUUUUAAACUUUGGACCUGUGUUUUUAUGAAUGGGGUGCUGGUUUGGCCUACCAGUAGGCCAAACCAGCACUUAAAAUAAUUUAAAUCAUUUUAUCUAAAAUGUUAAAAUGUUCACUUAUAACAAUAAUAGAAAAUCCACAGUUUUAAAUACAUUCAUGAUUUUAGUGCUACAUGUUACUUUCAGGGGAUUUUUGUCCCACGGUGACUCAGCAACAAAUCCAGAGCACCCAGUUUGAACUUCCCUCACAGCUAAUGCAUUUGCAAUGACUUACCUGUCAUGGUUAACCUAUUUACAGCAGCACAGCAGAGAUUUAAAUCCAGAUUCUGCACCCCCAGAAAAGUCAGAGCUCUGCAUUUCUCUAGAUGUUUGAAUAAUUUCAUCACCUUGUUUACUUUAGCUCUUCGCCUUUUUUCCCAGAGCAGGUGAAAUCAAGUUGAACUUCAGUGCUGAGAAUGUCUAUCCAUAGGUCUAUAUAGGCGUUUAUAGAUGGACAGGGCAGCAUAAACAUAUUGACUAAAAACAAGCUAAUCAAUUAGGUGAGCGUCAGACCCUGAUGUUGUUUACAAGCACCAGCAUCCUUCUCACUUGAUGUAAUGCCAAAAAGGAAACUAAAAAAAGUGAUCUAUUUUUACAUUUAGAUGGAAAUCCAGGUCCCUUAUCUUUUUAUACUUAAUUUGUUUUAUCUGCUCUUUAUUCUUCCUUCAUGCCCUGACAGGAACGAUUUCCUGAAAGAGGUUAAGAUCCUGUCCCGACUGAAGGACCCGAAUAUCAUCCGUCUGCUGGGAGUGUGUGUGAGCAGUGACCCUCUCUGCAUGGUCACGGAGUACAUGGAGUGUGGAGACCUCAAUCAGUAUCUGUCUCACAGAGUGCUUCUGGACAAGACUGGACCUUCACACAACACUCCGACUAUCAGGUAAAGGAAAAAAAACAACAAUAAAAACAGAUCUAAAUAAACAAACUCAAACAAUUCUGAUUCAUUUACUACUGCUGCUAUUUCUUAAUUUUCUCCCUCAGUUAUCCAGCCCUCAUCUCCAUGGCCAGCCAGAUUGCAUCAGGUAUGAAGUUCCUCUCCUCCCUGAACUUUGUGCACCGGGACUUAGCCACCCGGAACUGUUUAGUCGGGGGUGAUAGAGGUGAGAGCGGGGAGGAUCCAGGUGGAGAGCGCCACAUCAAGAUAGCCGACUUUGGCAUGAGCAGGAACCUGUAUGCUGGAGAUUACUACAGGAUCCAGGGCAGAGCUGUGCUGCCGAUACGCUGGAUGGCCUGGGAGUGUAUACUUAUGGUGAGAAGACAGAUAUUAUGUUUGUGAUUUUAUUUUAUCCUGUGUAAGGGUUGGUUUCCAAACACCCACCAGAAUCAAACUUGUAUAUGUGUGUGUAUUUUUAACUUUUUAAUCCAAGAGUUUCUGCGUCGUGGAAAAUUCCAGCAUACCAAAUACUGUCCUUCUGUUCCUUUGAAAAUGAACAAAUAAAGAUUAGCUGUGUCAAAGUGUCUUAUCAGGUCUCUACAAUUAAGACAUCGGUAGAGAUAACUGAAAAGUUUCCAUAAGACAUGAAAUGAUGCGCCUUCACUUCUGUUUACAAAACCUGGAAUCAGAUUAAUACACAGAUUUAUCACAGAAGUACCUGCCCAGAAUUAAAAAAGCAUCUGUAUUUUGGUCAUUUUUUUCUGACAAUAUGACUUCAUGAUGAAGCAAAAUACUUUUUAAAGUUUAUACCAAGAAAUCUUUGUUUUACUUGUUUGUGUAUAUGUAUGAUGUUUACAUAUCGGCCAAAUUUUGUCUGUAGAACAAUGUUUAAGUUUUAUUUAUAUGGAUAUGAAGAGUUAUGAUGCAUUUACUGUCAUUGUCUUCUUCUUUUUCUCCAUCACCCCUUUUUCCUGCACUUUAUGUAUAUAUUUUAGCAUAUGUAUGUAACCAUAUUCAUUUCUUUUCUUUGUUCUUGAUCCAAUAUCAUCUUACUCUGGACAUAAAAUGAAAAAAGAUGCAGAAGGACAAUGUGAAAUGUUAACCAAAAAAGAGCCCCUACCAACAUUCUGUCAUAAAGAAGCUCAUAUUAAUUUCAUACUGAAGUAGAGUGGGGAACUGAAAAGUGUUUUUGUGUUUUGUGUCACCCAGGGGAAGUUUACCACAGCGAGUGAUGUGUGGGCAUUUGGAGUCACUCUGUGGGAGAUGCUGAGUGUUUGUCAGGAGCAGCCGUACUCCAAUCUCACAGAUGAACAAGUUAUCGACAACGCAGGGGAGUUCUUCAGAGACCAGGGCAGACAGGUACAAGAUGAGACACAUGCAGGGGAACCAAGUCAAGAAAUGUGUUUUAUUCUUUUACAUCCACCAAGUCGCUCAUGUAGCAAGAAGAAAACAAGAUGACAUUAAAAUCCCUCAUAACCGUUUCUCUGUCUUCCUCUGGUUUGCAGGUGUAUCUGAGUAAGCCAGCUGUGUGUCCUCAGGGUCUCUAUGAGCUCAUGUUGAGCUGCUGGAACAGAGACUGCAAGCUCCGCCCAUCCUUCGCCGACAUCCACUCUUUCCUCACUGAGGACGCCAUGAACAUGGUGUAA